UGCCGUUAGCCAGCUAACUACCUUGUUAUGCAGGUUUUCAAGGAAAAUAACUGACGAGUUAACUUAACAGAACGAUAAAAAAUGGUUAAACAAACAAUACAGAUAUUCGGUCGCAUUAAACCAACAAGGAAAACUCCGGCGGUAAGUUUACGUCAAUGUUACGCUAACUGGAUAGUAGGCUAUAUUUAUUUGUGCUAGCUGAUGAUGACGACGCUAAAACACGAAGUAUAUUGGUUUGACUACAUUCCCAAAACGCCAAUUAUCUGUUCACAGCAAAUAUUUUGUCUUAUUACUUCAGAGAAAAACACAGGUGUGACUAAUGGCGUUAAUAAAGGAUGGCUCACUUCCAGAUAGAAUCUAAUAAACCAGUGUCAGUGAUAAAUGGCUGUUAUUGAUGCACCAGAGCCCUGUUAUUGGUGAAUUAUAGAGAACAAACAUUGUGCAACCAGCAGAAAUUCUCUGUUUCUGUCUUCAAAGAAUUUAAAAAUGCAAAUUCUUGCAAGUUUUAUUUUGUUUUUGUCGUUGUAGUUGUUUUAGUGUGGCUACAUGUGACUUAGGGAUGCGCUUUGCCGAUGUUUUCCACUCAUUCUGGCCCAAUGCUCUUAAGAAUAUUUGCACAUUUUUACUCCAAAGUGCAGAGGCCACCAAGUCUUUGCUCAGGUACAAUAAAAAUGUUACUGCUCACAUGCAUUCUUCAGCUGUCAUUACACACAGGUAAAUGAAGAAAUCAAUCACAAUGUCGCCCUGCACAGUCUGCAGAAAUGUGCAAUGUGCAACUCCAUUUUCAAUAUUGCAAUGCAGACUGACCUCUGUAUUUGCCAAUUCUGUGUCAUUCUUCUGACAUGCCUUGUGCCUGAAUAGUACUGUGUGCAUGUCUUUGCUUCCUCAUCCAGGUCUGAUUUAAAAGGUCUGAAUCACUCUGUUAGUUUGUAGGGUUUAAAAACUAGGAUUAAGGAUAAUCUAAACUGUGUUUGCAUAUGUUUUAAGGCAAAGAGCGGAUAAUCCAUUCAUUGAUGUAAAGGCUUGUUCUUAUCAUUUGUUUUUUGUCAUCUCCUUUGUGGAAAAACUUUUUAUGCUACUGUUCUGGCAAAGCAAUUUUGUAUCUUACUGGAAAGGUAAAAGGGUCAAAUAAUAGCAUUAUUUAUAUCAAAAAUACAGACUAUAUAGUACGACAAUGCAUCACAUUUUUGUGUCAGAAACUGUUCUAGUUUGGAUGUUUUCACUUGUAACUUUUGCAAAGUUAUCUUUAAAUUCUAUGCAGUUCAUCUCAGACUUCUCUUAGACAUAGAACCACAGCCAAAUUUAAGUUUUGGGCCAGUGGAUGAGGGGGAAACACUAAUACAAUCAUGUACAUCUAUAAUGGUGCGAGUGGGGAAGCUGCAGAGCUACCUUAAAGCACCCACACUAGAGAUAAAGAUAUGGUUGAAAGCAGUUGGUUACGUCUUGAGAUCUGUGGUCAAAAUGAGUAAAUACCGAAGGUACCUCUAUACCUUUCUUCCAACUAAGGGGAACUUUUGAACUUCAACUGCAAUAAACUGCAAAUAUAGUUACCGGUAUUAGCUUACCGUCUGAUAAGUGGAAUCUUUUUUUUAUCAGAUUCACUGAGAAAUAAGAAAACCAUAAAACCACCUCUUACUGCUCUGCCUCCGAUCCAGAGUGCAGUCUAAUGGUUGAGUGCAGCAGCUGAUGGAAAAAAUAAUCAAAUCACUCUGCUGGUUUCUCUGUCACUCGAACUUAAGCAGAGACCAUCCAGUGUAAUGAAAGGAGCACAGCCACCUCCUUGGAGCAGCUUCAGGCUCAGCACAUGUACCCUGUGAGGAGCGCAGGCACAGAGGUGUUCAGGAGGUGAUGCUGCAGGCUGAGUGAAGCUGAAAUCCAAUCCAAUCAUUUAGGUCUUAUCUUUUAUUCCCCACACCCUGGAGACAUGUAAUUGCAUCAGUGUCCAUUGGAAACAUAUGCCAGAACAUAUGUUGAAGCUCAAAUACAGCUCUAGAGGAGGGGGAUGUUUAGACUGACCCAGCUAGCCCCCCCUUUAAAUGUCCUCGCUGCCAGAGCUUGGUCUAUAUUGGUUUAAUGUUCUGCACUUUUCCUCGUCUCCCCUGAGGCUCUUGGUGAGCAGAGGUGAUUUUAUAGAGCCUGCCCACAGUGUGCACUGAUUAUUUCUGUUCUGUUUCUUGUGCUUUCCACAGGAUCUCUGCAACAUAAAGUUCAUUUUCAAUUUUGGCACUCGCAGGACCAAACCCACAAGUGGGCAACCAUGUAUUUUAAACCUAGCAUGAUGUAUCGUCACUGUUUUUAUUGUAAGCUACAUGUAUAGAACCACACACCAGAACAACAUACAAAUCACAGAACACACACAGAAGUGGACAUGUCUGUCAGAACAGUACAUAAAUGCCCACAUGGCUGCUCUGAAGUGCUCUGUCUAUACGUACGUCCAUAUGAUGUUGAAUGUCAGCUCGUAGGCCUUGUUGGGCUGCAGUGACCAACUCUGCUGUUGUCUCUGGCUCCCCCAGGUGUACUCUGUGGACCAUGAGGAUCCGACAGGUGCUUCUCUGGAGUUUGUGGUACCCAGAGAUCUGGCUGACGGCUUUGUUAACAACAAAAGAGAGAGCUACAAGUUCAGGUAGGAUGUCUGCCACAUCUCCAAAACCCUCUUUUUGUUUCACAGCCCAAUCAGCUGAUUAAUUUAGUCUGAGUGACUUCAAGUGGUGGGGUCUUAUCUUAAUAAUUGAUAUCAUUUGAUCUGAAAAAUUGAUUUAGUUAUCACAAACACUGUGUCCAUUAUUGAUAAAACAAAUCAUAUUCAGCUGUAGGUAUUAGGAAAGACAAGAGACAAUGGACAAAUCAAAUUCUGUGAUUUAUGAGCUAAGAAAAAAGUCUAAUUGUUUCACUGGAAAUCAAUGCUCUCCUCAUCUCCUGAAACAAUGGGCAAAACAAUUGCAAUCACUACUGUGAUACACAAAGGAUUCAUCAUGCUAAGACAACAAACGGCAAUUCAAUUCAGGUCCUAUUUUGCCACUUAGAGCAGUUUUCAGGAAUAGUUUUGCAGAAGCAUCAAAAUAGAAAACAAUAAAACACUGAAUGGAUUUAUUCAAACUCAGGAGUUGUUUGUGAGCAGAUGUAACAGAGGUCAAAAUAGGGGUAUAUAAAGCAUCUUAUUCCCUAUUUAUUAAAAUGGGGAUUAGAAUUAAGACGAACCAGCCAUGUCUAAAAAAAAUCAAAUAAAACACCCAGAAAAAUUCCUAGCUUAGCACAAUUUUAUGUAAAGCAGGAAGAUGUGUGGCUAAUGUCUGCAGAGCUAUCACUGUCAGCCUUCAGUCAGCCUUGCAGACUUCAGUAGGUCUGCACAAUAUUGGAAAACAUUGCUGGUCUUCAUGUGAAACUUACUGGAAUAUGAUUCAGAGAAUUAAACUCUAUAAAUGCAGGGUUGUUAUUCAUGUACUUGUGCAUAAAGUCUGCACAAAAAGUAAGGAAAUUUGUGUUUGUUAGAUUAUUUCUUAGUUGUAACGAUGCUUCUUGGCAACAAAUCUUCAACUGUUGGAAGGCCUGUUUAUUUCCACUGGCAGAGAAGAUUUGGUGAAUUGUUCAAGGGCGUAACCCACAUACUCAGCUCUGCUGCUCAUCCCACAAAUGCAUGUUCCUUACAAAUGUGGCACCAUUUACAAGGGACAUGAACAGGCUCUCCGACAGUGUAAGAUUUACUGCCAAGGAGCAUUGUUACAACAAAGAAAUCAUCUACCGAACAUCAUUUCUGCUGUUUGUGAUUAAAAUUUACAACCGUCAAAGAUUUGUGACUUACGAUUUUUUUUCUUUUACCCAAGCAAAACUUACCUUUUAUUUUUACCACACUUGGUUCAGCCCUUUACCAGCACAAGACUUACAUAAUAUAAGAAAAAGUGCAGUGUGCAGUUGGAAGUGUGGUAAAGAAACAGAUAUGAAAAAGUGCAUAUCGCUUGAAAACUUGUGGUUUCUAUCAGUCAGUUUGCUUUAUUUCAUGUUUUACACCUCAUCUGUGUUUUCAGAAUUGAAGAUACUUCAAAAAAUGUUAUUUUUUUUAUUUUUAUUUUAUUUUUUUACAUUCAUAUUAUCACAGUUAUUGUGAGAUAAGUGGACAGCUGGCUCAAGCUUCAGUAUGAAAAUGAUGUAAAAGCAUGGCCAUAACACCCAGGUCUUUAUCUAAGAAGUAAAAUGUGCAUGCUGAGUGAGCUAACCUUGAUUAUAGACAGAAAGAAAUUUGUGAUAAAUAUGGUUUUUGCUAUGGUUUUAUUGCAUAUGCUGUCAUUGUGAUAUUGAUUAAUGUGCCGUUUGCUUUGCAGCUCCACCUGCAGGUUGUUGUCUGACAUGCCUGUUGGUUAUGCAUUUAUUGCAUGCCAGUUUAACACCCACUACACACAACUUUAUCUCUGUUUUAUCAAUCAAAACACAGCCAAACUGCACCAUCUGUCAAUUCUAUUAUUUACAUCGUAGAUUAUUAUGGUAUCAUGGCAGUAGCCGUUACCAGACUACAGCCUGAGGUGGUGCCAGGUGGCUGCUCUAGAAGGGCUGAUGUGUGUGAUUUUGAUGAUUUUCUCUUUUCUAGGCUCAGUCAGACCUCCUUCAAUCUGCCUCAUGGGAAAGUUAUACAUGCUUUCAAAAAUCUAUGCUUGUCAGACUUUUUUAAAAUAACAAAAGGUAGACUGUCUCCAAGAAGAGAACUAAGAGAGGUGCAGCUGAGCCAAAAAGCCUCCAAAUAGAAGUUGUAUUUAUUCCUGGAUUUAUUUAUUUACGUUUUUUUCAGUCAUGACUGACUGUCAAAUGAGAUCAAAGAAAGUUUGUGGCAUUUCUUCUCUGCAUGUUUUACAAAGAGCUUAACCUGUGCCAGCCUGCCAGGCCAUUAAAAAAUGACAGGAAUCACGUCUAUACAUACACUGACAAAUAAACAUAUUUGCAGAGAGCUUAAUGUGUGUCUAAAUAAUGUCAGUAUAAUCAGUAAAAGGUCUAUGUGGGUGCAAAACAUUAAACUAUUUAAAUGUCUCAAGUAAUGCUGCAGAGGGAAAACAAGAAUAUAAAAGGAUGGUGUAAGACUCGAGUUUGAAACGAAUAAAGAUACGGUACAUGCAGAAAGAGGUGUGUCGCUUGCUACAAUUUUAGGCUUCCAAGGUUGCAUAAGAACUUUUCCCCAUGAAUAAUUUAUCUAGCAGUUGUGUCGUUGCAGAGCCAGAACAUCUGUUUAAAGCUGGUGGUGAAAGCUGCAGCCUUAUAUACCCUCCGGGCAGGGCACAUGCCACGCUUCCAAGCCUUAAAUUCACAGUCAGGGAGUCAGACAGCAGUGGACACAGAGAGCCUUCAAAAACCACACAGCCCCCCCAAAAUAGCCUGCGGAGGUUCCCUCGUGCCCUUAUAGAAAUAAAAUUUCCACAUUUAACAAUCUUCCUGGGCGGAUUCCUCUCACAUCGCUCUCAUCUUUCUGUGGAAUAAAACAUGGUGGCUUUUGACUCUUUUAGCAAACAGAAUGACUAAACUCCUCCUAAUCCACUCAAGCAAUUAUAUAGACUGUUUUUGGCUUAUUCAGCGUUGCUGUGGGGAAACUGGCUGAGUCUGAGAUGAGAUAAAGCAGCAGCUUGACAGUUUUACUGGAUGUUAUGAUAGUAGUAAAUGAAUACAAAGAUUGAUUCCACGUCAUGCUUUCUUCUUUUUUACUUUUGUCCAGGUUCCAGAAGGUGUUUGAUCGAACAGCCAGACAAGAAGAUAUAUUUGAAAACAUUGCCAAACCAGUUGCUGACAGGUAUAAACUCCUCCCCUACUCUGUUCUUUCAAAUGAUACAAGGAAAUAAAUAUUGGCGCUUAUACAAGUUCAUGUAGUUCAACAAGCAUUAAGCAAUCAUGCAUAUUUUCAGCCCAACAACUUACAGUUUUUUUUUUUCCUUUGCCAUUAUCAGCAGAGUAAUGCCAAUAAUAGAAACUUUUUAUCAGGGGCAGAAUUAUCUGCAGAUGACUUCCAUUUUUUUUUUAGAACAAACAGAUCUUUCAUUAAGUCCCAUGAAAACACUAAAACUGCAGUUUCUGCUGAAGACUUCAGAGUUUCCUAGGAGAUCUUCAGUGGGCACACAGGACAUCAUAGAGGCAGGGAGCUGAGCUGCCUUCAGUGUUUGUCAUUAGUUGGGUUUUUUGAUUCAAAGACAUCUCCUCUUGCUCAAAAAUGAAGAACUGAUUGAAACUGGAAUAUAACCCUCAUUAGUUAUGUGAUGAUACUUCUCUAAAACUCAACCCUUAAAGCUACAUUCUCCAAUCAUCUCAUUAAUGAAGCAUCCACUCAGAGGUUAUCCCAGUCCACCUGAGCUCAGCAGUGUUCAUCUACAGCAUGGGUUCAGGCCACACACACGUAAACUGGCCAUGUUGACAGGAAGUUAGUAAAGCGAAGUUUUCUUUAGGAUGGAAAUGGAGAGUGUCUGUGAUUGUUGGCGGGCUUUAGGUCCUCAAACCACUAAGUGGACAAAGCUGGCAGGCAAGAUGGCACAGUGUGCCAUCUGUGAGUGUGAGAACAAUUUUUAUACCACAACACAGAGUUACACUGGGCACUGUAACUAUGCACUUAUUUUGAGCUGUUGUUUCAGUUGUCAGUCCGCACCCAGCCUGUGUUUAAGUAGAGUGUUAGAUUUAUUUAAACCUGUGAAGUUACAAAUAUAUCUGACCUUUUGUUCUUGUUUGUUUUUAAGUUGCAGCUGCUUUUUGCAAAAUAUAUAUUGAGUGUUUAAUGAAAGCUCAAUGAAAAGGGCUGCAUAGUUUGUGUGUGAUAUUAUCUCAACAGUUUGCAGCAGUUGACUGUGUGAGAUACAGAGAAUGUGGAGCGUAGCGAGAGAAUAGUCCAAAAGAUGUGAAGUAAAUAAAGUCAGUUACUGUAAUAUAAGGUGACUGAGACUAUACAGGAGUUUAGUCGGGGGGAGGGGAAGGGUGAGGGGUCAGGGGUCAGGGGUCCCUUCAGUGUCACAGUGUGUGAGGUGGGGUAGUGGGGGUAGGCCAAGAUCCUACCUGCACAUCUCAGGAUAUUUGAGAUGCACAGGUCAUGGAGGGAUCGGAUAUAGAAUCCAGUAAACUUCCUUUUAGAGUGGAUGAUACACACGUAAUCUUUUUGUCCUCAACAGUGGCAGCAAAGUAGCAAAUGGUGACAGCAUCACUGAGACUCCUGACAUCAAUGCACUAUGAUGGUUUCCCCACAGACUUCACAUUGGUUUCCUAGGGGUCCAACAGGGUAGUGGAAGGUGGGGCCAUAUGUCCUGGAUUCACAUCCCAAACCAUCUCCACCUUUUAUAAAAACUCAGUUUAAAAAGAUCACAUGUUGAUGCUGUGAAUACAUUUAAACUUCCCCUACCCAUCACACAGACACAAAACAUUUUCGAGACUUCACUUGAUAGUUCUAUGAAGUCUAAGGCAAUAGGAACGUAACAUAAUGAUAAUAACAAGAGGCUUCUCAGCUGUUUGGUGUCAUGAUUGUUUUCUACUGACAGCUUUGAUUGAACACAUCCGUCAUUUAUAUAGAAAAGCAUCCCUAUAUUAUCCCUGUAUUUACUGAGGUCAAGACAGUAUGCAAUGGCGAGGUUACGAUGAGAGUGCCCUCUGCUGGAUCAUAUGGCCUGAUAUGUUGAUAUACUGCAUUUUUUAUUUUUCAAUUUUUUUUACAAAUUAAACAAUUCAUUACCUCAAAUGUGAACUUUUCUCCUCAAGCUCAAGGUAACAAUUAAAUUUUGGUAAAUUGUGAAUGCCCUUAAAAAGAAGUGGGCGGACCACAGUGAUUUGGUUGACCAAAUGUCAAUAAGUUAAUAGAUAAGCAAAAUUUACAAGCAUCAGAGCCAAUCUCAUACUCCCCUUCUAGAUUGAUAAAGAUGAACUUUAGUUUGGUUUUAAAGAAAAAGAUGUUGUUACUGUAAAUUCUACAAAAAUUCACAGUAAAACACUGUAUUUUGCAUAGCCCCUAAUUUAAUAUCCCACCUCCCCUUGCCAGAUAGUUUCCUCUCACCCUUGAGUAAACUGUAAACACAUUCUUCACUCCAUUUCUACAGAGAGACUUUCUGUAGGUAUCUGUAUCAGCUUCACCUCUUGCCUAGGCUCAGCUUAAAUCACGUCUUGCUUCCAAAAGGAAAACAUCCAUGAGGCAGGGGGUAUUAACUUGGAAUUUCCUCUGAUCAAACAUCAGUUGUGCUGUUGUUCUCCCAGCUCAAUUUAGCCCAACCAUCUUCCAAACCAUCAACCAACAGUCUCCUUCGUCACAAGAGUGUCUAUUUGUGGAGUUCCACAAGUGCUUUUCAUUAUUUUUGCCAUAAGAAGACAUUUAAACAACAUUGUGAGACGUCUAGACGGGACCUGACUCACAAAAUGUCACUGGCUCUGGUUUUCAGUUGCCCUCAGCUACCCUCCUCUAAAAUACCUUUCCCAGUCCAUCCUUUGUUGUGGCAGCUGGUAAACAUCGGGGUUCAAAACCUCUGUCACAAUCAGGAAAUGUCUUUGUGCAAUAAUUUCAACUUGACAUCUUUUCUUCUUUGAUAUGAUGGCAACCUCUGCAGCCUGAAGAGACCAGUCCCUCUGUCCAGCCAUGGGCAAAGUUGUAGACUGGAGGGUAAAUGUGUUUUGAAGUAAUCCCAUGCAGGCUCUGAAUAACUUGUUAAGCUUGAGGGGCACAUAAGUUACUCAAUUUGUGAUGUCACUGAUUAGUGAGGCUUCUCAGAAGCGUAAAGUAUAGUAGAACAACAUUCUGCUCUGUGUUUUGUUGCCACAGAUUUCCUUGUUGGUUCUUUUCCAAACUCACCUGGUCUGAUUUUAAGUCUAAAACUACAAAGUCUAAUGAUUUUGUGGCAUGGCAACAAAGGUGAGGGCUGCUGAAGAGCCUUCAGUCUGAAGAAGGUGAGUCAGGGACAUGGACUGUAGAAACAGUCGCCCUAUUGGUAUCGCUGACUAUGCCUAACUUUCAGUCAACCUACUAGAGGUGCUGUUGCUGUGCCGCCCCCUGGUCUUCACAAAGGACCCCCUAUAACAUCGCCUUCAGUGUGGCUUCUAUUGCCUAUGAGCAAAAUCACAGGAACACACAGAGACCAAGGCUGCACAUCCUUGCAGUGUGGAGUGUUGCAGGAUAAACAAAAAACCUACUUUCCUGUGAAGCCUAUGUUAAAGCUGUCAUGGUCUUAGAAGCCCCUCUCAUCCAAGCGUAGAUAUAAAUGUGGACUGACAGAUUGUUUUUCCUGAAGUCCCUGCCGCUGAGACACAUUUAUUUGGGUUAGAUGUGAAGUCACUUGGAGUUGCAGCAGUUUUGCUGUCAUUGCACUAAAACCCAGUUUUGCAGACAUAUACGCCUCUCUUUUGAACCAGCAAUAACUGUCAGCUGGUUAUUUUAGUUGGUACUCAAUUGUACUUGGUGCUCUUUAUCUUCCGCCAAAAGCCUUAACUGGUUUACUUGCACACCAGUCUCAGUCUUUGCUGCGGUGAAAACCAAAACCAAUCAUUUCAACCUCACACAGUAGUUUAAAAACAAACCCAUAUUAACAGCUCCAGAAGAGGAAGAGCCAAUGUAAUGAUGCUGGGCUGGCAAGACAAACUUUUUAUCUGGAUAGUAAUCCCAUUUUACAUUUCUAUAAAACCUGCAGACUAAGCUCAGAGAAGAAAGGGGUUCUGUUCAGUUUUAUAAUAAACCCGCAUCACCACAAACUUUUGGACAUACCGCCCUUCUUAGACUACGGAAAUAACAAGCAUCCUCAAAACGAUAAGUCUCCAAUCUCCAGGAAGGCUGGGGUGUAAACAGGAACAAGCGCUGAGAUGUGCCAAAGCCUCAAAAGAGGGGCCCAAGCCGCAUCAUUAGCACCAAGAUUUCGCUAAACACAGAGUGUCUCAAAUGUCCCUGGUGUCCGUCAAUGCCAUGAGUCACACUGGAUUCAACAGUUGCCAAUGGCCGUCCAAGUCAGAAUAAUCAUCUAGCCUUUUACUGAGUGGAUGCAGUGUUUUAUAUAAACUGACAUACAGAUUUUUUCCCCCUCGCCGUCUCAUGCAGGGUGUGGAAUUGUACAGCACACUUGGAAGGAACCCACACGCUGCUCAAAUACUGGGUUGGCAGUUCCUUUAAAAUAAGUGAGAGGCUUAAGUUUGUUUAUUAUUCAUCCUGAAAAAAUACACCAUCAAGAUAUCCUUUUUGUUUCAACUGGCAGACCCGAGAGGAAAGAGUUUAUCCUCACCUUUGAUGCGAGCUCAUGUGUCAGAGGCCUCUCUGCCAUUUUACAAUUUCAUUCUGGUUUUCUUUCAGCUGUGUUUUUUUAACAUGCCAAUUUACCCUCUUUCACAUGAGUCCCAGCAUAUUGUAUGUUUGUUUCGUUCAAACAGAACAGAUACAGAAGGUUUUCCACAACCCAUACUGUAGAGCAGCUCAGUGCCAGUCGAAAUUUUACAGAGCCCUGCCUGGCUGAGUGGGUUUGGUCCUUUUCUGUCACUCAUACUCCAAGACACCCCCACCCCCCUUCCCCCAAUGUCUGUCGCCAUAGCAGCUCUUCAUUCACUGCCGUCUCUUUGAGUGGAUUAAAAGUGUCACAUUCACUCUACUCAGACUUUUGGUGGCUGACGAAUACUGACUUGUUCAAAUUAAAACAUUGACGUCAUUACAGGCUGUAAUGGGAUGAUCAGUGUGGUCACAUGUCGACCAACAAAGGGGAAAAAAACCUUUACUUUUCCAGUGUUAACAAUCAAUUAUAUGACAGCCUGUUUUGUUGUCUGGUUACAUAAAUUUAGUUGUGGUCAUAAACUGUUCUUAUGUAUGCUGUCAUCUCCUUUUAUGUUAUGAUGGAGUUACAUUAACAUCUGCUGCUCCAGAAACUUCCAAUGCACAUGGAGGUGUGUUUGCUCUGCCACCUGAAGUCACCUGUGUGUUUAUUUGAAGUGCAAGAAGUAAGGAGCAAUGGCUUUCCCAGACCAGUUCCUCAUUGUUUAUUUUUUUAAUUAAAAAUGUGUAUCAUGGGCUCACUCUGUCCCUCUGUUUUACUCACACACGUGAUCCUCCAGCAGACAGCUUGUUUUGCAGCAGAUAUUUUUCUGCCUUCCAGUUUGUGUUCACAAUGGACACAAAUACAUACUUGCUUACUUUGUGCUUACUUUUGUGUUUAACUUUAACUAAUAAACAAUAAAUAAAUAUCUUUGUGUUUUCUGUGGGUCUGUGCAGUGUAUUGUCCGGCUAUAAUGGCACCAUAUUUGCUUAUGGCCAGACUGGGAGUGGAAAGACCUUCACCAUCACAGGAGGGGCUGAGCACUACAGGGAUCGAGGCAUCAUCCCGCGCACCCUCUCCUACCUGUUUGAGCGCUUCAGCCAGGUCAGAACAGCAGCAUAUCUUUAUUUCUGUAUUGACAUUCACAAACACUGUAUAUUGGGUCUAAUUGUAUAUCUUUCUAUAUGUGUAUUGUGUUCCUCUCUACAGGACAGCAGCAUGAUUUAUACCACACACAUCUCCUACCUGGAGAUCUACAAGGAAAUGGGGUAUGACCUGUUGGAUUCACGACAUGGAGCAUCUCGACUUGAAGACCUACCGUCAGUCCUUUUGAAUACUUUUGUAUUUUUCUACACUUGUCUUACAGUUUAAAUUGUCAGCAAAUGCAUACAGUUUUAUACUACCUUAAAAACAUGCUCAAAUAAUUCUUAGACUCGUUUAAUGCUGAGAAGGCAGUUGCUGGUUCAGCUGAGUUUUACUCCUUGAGCAGUCAUUUGUCAGCCUGGCCUGGAGUUAGUGUGUGGUGAAAUAUGGAGACUCCAGUAUUUACCACCUCACUACGAUCUGCCAGCUGACAUAAUGAGACUGUGGAACAGCAAUGGAUGUGGUCAGCCUGGUGGCAAACUCUGCCACUUCAGUGGAGUGCAAGAGGGUCAUGUGAAGAAAAUGUUGGUGGCUGCAGCAGCAGCUGGUCUGAGGGAAUUUCUUUAUUUGUCUUGGUUUCAUCGUUUAUCUCACUCAUUCUUACUUCCCUCCCUCUGUGCUGCCGCUGUCAUUUUUCAUCUUCUUUUUCUGUCCCUCUCUUUUCAGUCAUAAAUUUCAUUGGUCUGGAUGUUUUUCUGUGCAUAAUCUCACUCCCACCUUUUUUUUCGCAUUUUUUGUCAUGCGCGAUACUUAUUCAUUUCAAAGUAGCGGUUGCACUUCAGGCGCAACAUUGAAGUUGUUCUCUCAUCGCAGAGGUUCCAGCUCAGGGUUUCAAUACCCACAAAUCACAGACUUCUGAAAAUAGACAGUGCCCGAUGUUAACCAUGCUGCAGCCACACUUGCUGAUUCAAGGAGAAGCUGUGGCAGUGACAGAUUUCUUUAACUGUUGGUCUGCUUCUGACUUGACUGCACACUGCCUCUAACAUGAUUGUAAGGGACUAGCAGGAGAACUUUUUUCUCUUGUUUGAGGCUUUUUUAGGUUGUUGAGGAUAGUCCUCUCUGAUAAUAAGUGCUGCGUGCGUUAGAAUAAAACAACUUUUGUUUGAGGGUUCACUCUUGUCCCAAACCAAAAUGAAUUUAAGGUGAGCUAAAAAAAAUUUGAACUGUGAGACUUAAGUGGAAAAAAAUUUUCAGAUGCUUUGGGAUAACAGAAUAUUUUCAUCUCAACGUCGGUUUUUAUCAAAAAUGUUUAACUACAAAAAUGUGUCACAACCAAACUUUUGUCCUUCAGUCUCUUAUCUGCAGGAGGCUUUUUUGGACAGCAUGGGCCAAGCCGCAGAGGAAACAGUAACCUAACCUAAUGAGAUCCUUGCUCGGUAUAUCAUAAAAGACAUCAAAAUGAACUGAAGUCUAUUCCAGAAAUAUCAAAACACUUCUCACUGGAGUGUCAAGUAUCCAAAAUAAGUUCAAACUUAGUUUAUAAUGCUUAAACUUUUAUAUUACAACAUACCACAGCAGUGUUUUCCAGAGUCAUAAUCUAGUCUGCCAUCAAAAGGAAAUGUGCUCCACUGAAUUACAAUGUCAGCAAGUAGAAGUCAGUUAAAUCUUUUUUACUUACUUUUGUUUAAAUAUGUUGUUCAUAUAUUUACAUUUGAUCUAUAGAGAGCCAAUCCACACCUGCUCUACAAAAGAUCAACACAAGCAAAAACAAAUAAAGAUAAAGAUUUUGAUACCAUACAAACAACAAAGACAGUUCUCCACAGUCCUGAAAAUUGAUGAAGUCCCACCUCUUACAAGCUAAAAAGCCAAUCAGAGUUGGGGGUUUUGGGACAGCCUAUCAGAUGCCAAGGGGGUCACAGUCACUCCUUGCCUCUCUAUAGAUCCACUCAAUGCCUUUAAAACUAAAUCUGGAAAAUGGAGUAGAGAUUUUAUGAACUCCAGAUGUUGUAGAGGGCCUCUUUAUAUUUUUUCAUAUAGGGUUUUAGAAUAUUAUAAUACUACAAAGAUGGGCCUCUGUAUAUCUGUGAAUGGUAACAUUUCCCUGUUUGUGCUGACAUUAUAACAUCACAAUGCAAGAAAACAGAGAGUAAGAGUGCAGGUGUUUAAGUCAUGUACACUCUUUUCACUGUAAAUCUCAGUUAAUUAUCACUCAGCAUAUUCUCAUAUUUUUCUUCUUCAUUCAUCUUUAAUAGAAAAAUAUGAAACAUGUAUUCACAACUCUCAAUCUCAUCUUGGUUCUAGUUUUUGUUUCUCUCUUGAUUCCUCCACUUAGAGAAAAGCUUACACAUUCCUGGAAAGUGUUUUCCCCACCUUACUUGCCAAAAUUGAAAACCUGGUCACUUUUUAUUUGGAUGAUGGACUGUUUAAUGUGUGGACAAAGUCUCUGCAAUAUCACUCACUUGUAAUAAGAAUUUUCACCCAACUUAAGUGAAAUUAGAAGCUUAUUGAUGGCAUUGCUGGGCUUUUGGAGCUAGCCUUGGCUUCAUCUCUCAAGACUGGAGGUUUCUGCUUUAUUUUCACAAUGUGUCACCAUAGACCGCCAAUGAAGGACUGACACCUGUCACUAGACAUGAUUUGUUUGGUUGGUAGAUUUGUCCACUUCUAUGUUAUUUUCACCAAUGUUGUCUGAUUCCAUCUCAGCAUCUCCGACAUCCAUGUUAUGUAAGUCCCCUCCGGCACCUGCUGCACAACAGCUAAACUUCUUACCUCGCUUUUUCUUUCUUGCAUGUCAUUUUUUAUAUUUGUACAAAAGCACAAUAAUCAAAUCCUGUUGUGGACUGUUGGGUGCUAAUUGGAGAAACAGCCAGGCCAAAAAAGAGCCUUUAAUCACAUUAAGAUUAACACAGUUUCAUUUAACAAACGAUCUGCACAUGUUAACAUAAUUAUCUCCAUGUGUUCUACAGUCAUCCCUCUCUCUCUCUUUGACAUCUCUCAGGCAGUAGCUCCACUGUCACAGCCCUGUAGGAUCAGUGGAGCCAUUUUAGCCCUGUCUGUCCCAACAGGCUGUGUGUCAGAGCUAUUGAUGUGGGCAAGAACCAAUCACCUGUUUGUUUUGAAAAGCCAGCCCUGUCUGUUAUCAUGCUGUGAACCCCCUGAUAGAUAAAGCACAUGUCGAACAGGGUCGCAGCCCACAGUGGGUUACAGAUGUGGUUUGUUUGGAUUGGCAAGGCCGGGUUGAUGGGAGGGAAAUGAAUGACAUAUCUGACAUAAUGAGUUUUGCAUAAUUGCUUCAGUCUUGGCUUAGUUGGUUUUUGACUAAAUUUGUCCUUCUGUGUCACAUUUUGAUAGCGGUAUUUCCUUUAAACACUAUUUUUCCUCUUUCCUUCAGAAAAGUGGCAAUCAUGGAGGAUCCAGAGAAAAACAUCCAUCUAAGGAACCUGACGCUGCAGCUGACAGCCAAUGAGGAGGAGGCUCUGAACCUGCUCUUCCUGGGUGACACCAAUAGAAUGAUUGCUGAGGUAAGGAAGUAAAAACAGUAUAGCUGAUGAAGAGAUGAUACAUUUGCACAUGAAAGUACUUAGUAUUAAAAACCCACUCCGAAUCACCCAGCCCUAACUUUCAAUUAAAAGAUAACAGAAAUUUUCUCAUUAGUAACCUGAGCUCUGCUUUACAGGGUUAGGAUGGUGUUCAUUUAAGCUUAAAGUCACUGUAUCUGCUGUGUGAGUCACUCUUUUUUUCAUUUGAAACAAAGUUGAUCAUUUUUAUCAAAGUUAAUUUAACUGCUGUCCCCUAACCUAAUGAGAUCUUUUUGUUGCCCAGUCCUUCAGGUUAACUGACUUAACAUACAUUCAGUUUUUUUUCAAGUGAGGGCUGCAGACAGCAGCAGCAGGAAAAAAUCCAUAACCACUUCCUCUUUAAGUGGCAGAAAGUUUUUUUUGUCCUUUUAUGAAAUGUGAACCACAAAAGUUACCUUAAGCCCCCUCUAAAAUAUUAUUUUGGUCUCUUUUACUGUGUUUUUCCAGCAUUCUCUCUGUAAUUUCUGUUUAUGCUGUGGUGUUUUUUCCUACACUCAGACACCCAGACUCCACACACGGAUGAGACAUAUUGUGGUUCAACCAUUGCUUUGCAGCAAAGAGCUGAUCUCACCUUGUUUUCCCAUGUUGCUGGUUUGUAAGUGAAUAACAAAGGCUAUACAUAUACUUUAUUAUAAAGCUUCAAUCAGUGAACAGGUUUCCAUGUAGAUGAACAUGUUUUUGCUGUGGUUGAGAUUCUUUUGUUGUUGGUGUCACAGGAGACAUAAAGUACUGAAUAGAAAAUACAUCUUUAAAAGCUUUUGUAAAGCAUCUGAAUUUCUAGUUUGCCCAAGUUCAGACCAAGAAAAAAACAACCUAAUGCAAGAAUGUUUUUUUUUUCAUCUGUUUUGUUGAUAAAGGAACAAUUAUUAACAGCCUAACCCACUCAGAUAUUGUCAAAUCAUUAGGUAAAUAAAGAUAAAAUGAAAUAAAUCUCAGAUUUUCCCUGAAAAAAAAAAAAAAAAAAAACUUGUCUGGCUGGAAGCAUACUUUGCUCAAAACCUGUAGCCCAAAUCUAAACCAUAACUGAUAACAAACUGUGUAGUCCCUCUCCUCUUCAGAGCAGAGGGCAUGGUGUCUAAUUUGAUAAAUCAGACUACAGAAAAGUGAUCAACGUGUUUAUAAAUGGUUUCCUCUUUGUAUUAGUUUAUUUUAACCAGUUUUUUAUAGAUGCAGAAACUAACUGUGUUAGCAGGGAUUUUGAGGAAAUGUCGCAAUUUCCACUUGAGAGUCAUGUCUGUUUUUAAUGCAAUGACAUCUCACAGUGAAUCUCUGAAUCUCUUCAUGAUGAUUUGUGCUGUGAUGAUGAAAUCCUCAGAUUUUCUGCAUUUUUACACCGAGGAACAUCAUUUUCCUCACACAGUCACUUACAGAGUGGUGAAACUCUUUCCAUCUCUUCUUCUGAGGGACUUGACCUCUGUUGCAUACCACUCAUAUACAGUUAUAGCCUAACCUGGUGCAAGUUAGUUUUAAUGGCUCAGAGUUGUUCUUCCAGUUUAAAGGUCCUUUCACACAGGGACUGUUUUUUUCGUGCAAUUAUUUCGGACGUCAAUAUUUUUUUUCGAACCCGUAUGCUGUCAAUACAAGCAUUCUCAUCAGCGACGUUUUCCCGUCCUUCAAUAUUGCGGCAUCUAUUUUUUUCAGAUCAUGGUCGAUUUUUCUAAAGUUUCGCAUACUGUGUGUCCACUUCUGACCAAUCAGAUUGUGUGUUGUUGCGACGUCUGAUUCACGGGUAUAGCCAACAUGGCCGACUGGCUGAUUGUUUACAUAUCAGAGAACAGAGUGCUUUUUGAUAAAAGACACAAACAUUACAAAGAUAACGACCUGAAGGACAACUUGUGGAGAGUCAUAGCGUCAGAUCUCUCAUAUGACGAAAGUUUGUAUGCUUUAACAGUUUGCUAAACGUCUUUGUUUUAACUGUCAUCUGUGCUAAGUAACUUUAGCUUGUAAGCUAACCUGUUCAGAUACAACAUACCAUAUGUAUUUUCACUGUCUCAAACUCAAUCGCGUUGCUGUCACAGCACUGUUAGGUCUCGGUUGUUACCUUACGUUUAUGGAUUAUAGUUUAAUGUGCUUAUCUGGUACUGGCCCCAACUCAGUACAUGCUAUCAUGACAGACAGCCAUCUCAACAGUAGUGUCUAAUCAGAACUGAAAAACAGUCAGUCUGCUGUUGUGUCAGUUUUCUCGCUUCCACCCGGGGGUGUCUUUUUCCCCCCCGGAAAGUUGCAAAAUCGCAUCGGGCUUCAUGUGCAUAGUCAGGCGCGUCAAAAUUCUCCUCAGAAUAUUUCGUAAUUUCGCGUUCUAUAUUUGCAUCGGCCCUGGCGUGUAAGAACUUUUCAUCUUUUUUUUUGCAUUAUAAAACUGUUUCAGUAUGUUUUGUUGCCUCACUUCAUCUUAUAUACUGGGACCAAACUUUGAAUAAGAAUUCACGUUUUAUUUUCAGUUUGACGAUUUGAUUUGUUGCCUUUGCAUUAUCUUAAAGACUCUUCUUCUUCAGAGGUCAUCACACUCCCUUUCCCAGGAACUAUGUUUGAAGCCGUAUCAUCCUUGAAUUGGAGUCUUUUCAGUCUGUCGAUCAGAAAACAGAGAGCGUUGCAGUGACGGUAAGGUGGGGAGCCCUCAGCCCGGUCCACCCACACAGAGACUUCAGUGAACUUGUUCUCUCUGGGCCAUCCACACAACAAGGUUUUUCUUGGGCCUCGUGCCAACCAAGUGCUGUCAGCAAAUUAAACUCAGAUGAAAUUCAGAAGAACUCACUCCACAAAGACUUCCAAUAAAGUUAACAGUGACGCUUUCUUCCUCCUCUUGCUCUCAGCCUUGUAGAGAAAAGAUGACAAAUUUAUUCAAGCAACACUCAGCAGACAAUGAGCUCACUGGCUUUGAGACUCAGCAGUUCAGCAACUCAGCAACCCCCAUCUCUCUUUCAACCUCUUGAGGAAACAUUUACCCCAUCUGGUGUUUCCCCUGCGUCCCUGUUUCACUUCUCCGCACAUGUGGGGAUGCAGAUUCAGGAUCUUUCCUCACUUACAUUCUAACUCCCUCCUGAACUUGAGGGGUGAUCAGGGUUCACUGCAAGUGGUCAAACUAAAACUUCUGUCUUGAUCUUGUGAAUCAGCAGUCUUGAAGUGUAGUGGUGUUUGUGGAACCAGAUUGCCUCUUUGUUCUGACCCGCUGCAGCUCUGUGUGUGGUCAGCCUGUGGUCCAUGUGAGAUCAACACAGGAUGUAGGAAGAACACAGGAGAAUGAAGGAAGUAAGUCCAGAGAGGUUAUUUUGUUGUGCUCAAAUGAACUCUACCCAUGGACUGUUUGAAAGAAGUGGACAUUGUGUUCGGAUAUGAGGAAGGGUGAUGCAUUCUUUUAAAUGACCAGGAGGGGGGCAACUGGACUGGAAAAAGAGAGGUCUUGCAUUCUUUAUAUGAUAUAUUGUCAGAGUUAUCAAAAAGCUCAGGUCCAAGUUGCCAGUUUCCUGUCUUCUCUACAAAUUGUGUGAUGCUCAAUGAAAUGAUAUGGUCAAAUUCAGAGUUGAAUAGAAUAUUUGAGUGUUGCAAAGCACACCACCUACUGGUGUCUGAAGCAGUUUUGAAGUAUGUUGAUAUCAGUGUCUGUAUUGGAAAUGCUUCCUCCCCGAGUGCAGUGGAUCAUGAGGAAUAAUCAUCAUAGUAAUCAUUUUGCACUGCAGAUGUGGUAGUUCUUCUGCCUUAGUGUCUCAGUCUGAUUGCAUUUCCACAAAGUAAUGAUCAUAAAUGUUCUUCCUUGAGCUGCAAAACUUCGCUGCUCUUGGUGAUCGACUCAUCAGGGCUUCCCCCACAAACAAGUGGCUGCUGGAGGAGAGUGGGUGAGUUGUGUUUAGUCUCUUUGCUAAAGAAACCAGGCAAAGCUCAAAAGAUGUUUGAUGGCUAGUGCUAUGGCGGGGACCCUAUAUGUACUGUUGAUGAGGUCAGGUGCUGUUCUGAGCAUUAUUGUGGCUAUAGGGUGGCUUUUUGGUUGAGGUUUGCGCCUGGAGACGUAGACUGCUGUGCAUUGCUAUCAUGCCGUCGUUGCUGAAGUUAGUAUAACUAGAGAAGGUGUCCAACUCGGUUUUACAGUUUGUUUGACCAUAACUUAAAUUUACGCCGGAAUAUCCCUUUAACCUCCUCGUUUGCAGUUACAGUAUGGUCACCUGUCAUUCAAGUUAGCCUCACUUCUAACGCCUGGUUCACACAGCGUCAGGUUCCUGAGACGCCUGUGUUAACCUAUGUGACUGUUCACACAGCUCGCGCGGGGGAGAGCUGCACGUGGAACGGCUAGCACUCAAGAGCUCUGCACACGGAACGGCUAACGCUCUGGAGCGCAGCCGCUCGACUUCUCUUUUUUUUUUGCGCAAGACGCUUGUGCAGGUGCCAACUGUAAAGCUGGACAGAGCAGAUCUGACCAGACAGGAAACCGGAAACAGGAGAUGCGAGAGAAUCUGGCCAAUUUUCGAAAUAAAAUAAAUUUCAAUAAAUUAGAAAAAAAGGAUUUACGGUGUUGCUUGUCGGUCUAUUUUUUCCCGAUGAACACACAUUCAUGCACGCACACACGCACACACGCACACACGCACACACACACACACACACACACACACACACACACACACACCGAGGGAGAGUGGCAGAGAUUCAGUGAUGUUAUUGAGACAAGGGACCCAAAAUCUCUGUCGUGGGAGCCUGUGCAGCAACAAGUAGAGGGCCAGGACAGCACUCUCCACGACAGCACAAACUGGGAAUAAUUAUGACAAAAUAAAAUGUUUAUAGUUUAAAAACACAAUAUUAGCCUACAAAACCAAAAAUUUAGUAUGUUUUAACUUUUUAUUAUGGUAGAGUCAAUAGCCUUGAGCUAACAAGGCUACACAUACAAUGGAGUCAACAGACUCCCCAAUUCAUUCAUUGUUUACCCCUAUAUAAUAAUAUAUUAACAAUAUAAUAAUAAUAAUAAUAAUAAUUUAAUACAAUAAUUGAAGAUGCUGCCAAUAUUUAAUUUAUGUAUGACAUAAUAAAAACAUGAAUAAAUAUCGACUUACCCGUGUUUAAAGCACUCGUAAGUGUGGAAAACUGAGGGCAGGCGGAAACAGCCGAGCUCAGUCUAUGUCUGACCUGCGCGUCAGAGCGCAGCAGAAAAUGCUUUAUGUGUGAACAGCCAAGCUGCACGUGACGUCUUGUGUGAACCAGGCGUAACACUGCAAAACUUCUGACCUCAAUAUCUCUAAAACAAAUGACUUAAUUGGAGAAAUCACUCCAGGUGCAGUUUGUGUUCCCAAUAAGGGGUUCCUGAGUGCUCAUACUGUGAGUUUGACAGAUUAUACAGCUUUUCACCAGAACCUUAAGUCUCCUACCACUUAUGCUGUGAAACUAAGGAGUUCAAGUUUAGCAAAAUUUCCAUCACACCCACCUGACCUGUUUCCAAUCAGACUCAAUGAAUUGAGAAGCAGCACUUGUCAAAGUUUGGCCACGUCUCUGUGUUAAUUAGAGCCGUCAAUGGAGAGAACGUUUUAUCCAACACGAACACUCUGUUCUCACCCUGUAAUGCUGAUUGAAUCCCACUAUUUUCAUCAACAUCUCAAGUCUGCUUCAAAUUACUCUAGGUGACACCCCGAGGAGCAACAUGGACGUGUGCAGAGCGCAGGAAUUUAGAGUGAAGAAGGAGAUGAUGGUUGCAGGUUAAGAUAGUGAAGGAUCUGUCACAAGCUGUCAUGACCCUAACAAGCAGGUGUUGGCACAUUUACGCCAAAAACAAGUCAGGGUCAGAGCUCCUCUUUAGAAUGAGCGACCUGGAAUGUCUGGGAGGAUGUUUUUCAAGCAAAGAGAAGAAGUUAGUCAUGUUCAUAUCUAAUGUAUUGUCCUUUCCCUCUGACAGAGAGGAAUCCUCAUCUGGAUCGCAGCUAAUGUAGUCCAAAGAAUUUCUCUGUUCUAACUUAGCGACCUUAUUUAAAGCCAACAUCCAACAAUAAGAAGUCUAUAAUCAGCACUGUCAAUGAAUCUCCAUUUCCUGUGUUUAUCCCCUCCUGGAGGACUUCAUGAGUAACCCAUCCUCCCCCAGUUAAUAAAGUCUGUUUGUUCAGAGUGACUCACGCUUUAUUUCUGUCUCCUCAUGGUCUCAACCUGAGUUCUGCUGGGCCAGUGACCAUCUGAAAACCAACGUCAGCUUUUGUCGAGCCGCCUCCAUGUGUUUACUGCUUAUUGCUUGCACAUGGCACACAGCUUUUAUCUUCAGAGCAGCGGCAGCAAGAAAAAAUACCAGUCAAAGGAAAACAUGUUUUCUGUUGUUUGAAAAUGGGCAGCAGAAAGGAUGGAAAAUAAAAUCAUCCUUUUUUGUGACACAAACAUUUGCAUUGAAUCUAGAGGGCUCAGACUAACACCACACAGACUUUAGAGCUUUCCAAAAUGGUCUCUCUACUCUCUCUCCCUCUCUUGUGCAGACUCCGAUGAACCAGGCGUCUACACGAUCUCACUGCAUUUUCACCGUUCACCUGUGCAGGCGUGAGCCGGGUUCAGCAACCCUGCAACGUUCCAAGCUCCACUUAGUGGAUCUGGCUGGAUCAGACAGAGUCAGCAAGACUGGCCUGAAUGGACAACUCCUCACUGAAGCCAAGUACAUCAACCUCUCCCUGCACUACUUAGAGCAGGUAUCCACCUCUGAUGAAAGCCUCUGUUUCACAAUAGUGAAUCAGUCUGAGAAGACAUCUCUUUGUGUUCUUUUUCCUGUCUACCUUUAUCUCUGUUCAUCUAUCCACUAUUAACACCACUGAUUAGAGGAGCUUAUCAAAGCUGUCAUUGGAGGAGGGUUGAGUUAACCCUGGAGAGCCCAUCAGAGGUCAAACAUAUUCAGACAGCCAGACUCACUCACACCUAUGGGCCUGCAGGUUCAUGCAUGGUCUUGGGAGAUGGUUUUGGGGAAGAAAUCACAACAACUGUCACUGCACACACGGAGAGUGAAAACUAUUUACCACAAUAUUACCCCACGGAAUAAUACAAAACCACAGACUGGCUAAAAGUAGAUGCAGAGAUAAUUCACAAACUGAAAAGUUGUCACAAUUUUGCACACCAGCAACAUCAGUGCCUCCCUAAAAUGCAUGUAUGUACAUCUCAUUAGACUGCAUGUUUUGUUGGUGUGCAUUUUGAGGGUGAUUGACUCCAAAGAGCAGCAUGAAUGAUGUCAGUUGCAAAGACUUUGGAGAUGGCGCUAGUUCAGUCAGAGUCUGGACAGAAGGCAGACUGACAGCAGGUACAUAAUGAACCCAUGGGCUAUGUCUCUUUGUUUUAUACAGUCUAUGAUUCAAACAAGGAACCUUGUCGCUGUGGAACAGCUGUGUAAACCACUGCACCUCCAUGCAGGCUUUACAUCUGUCUGAUGAAGUGUAGAAAUUUAUUUGAAAAUUAAGGACUCAUCUGUUUUUUACUGAAAAACAGCAAAACCACCAGAUCCCAUUAACAAAUAAAAGAUUUUAACACCACAAAACAAAGGAGUUACUUGUUUUUUUUUUUCUUUUGUUACAAACUAGACAUCAAAAACAACCAAGUUACACAAAAGCAAACUAACAGAUAAAAGCAACCAAAAACCAGCAACUCUCAUGUCCUCAAGUCUGGUGGCAUUAACAGAACAUUGUUCCCAUGUGAAAUAAAUAAGGUGUAUCUCUGUGAUGUUAUCAGGCACCUACAAUAACAUCUGAGUCCAGCUUGUCCUGGAUGUUCUUUAAUUAGACUGAUUUGAUUUAAUCACACCAAAAAGCUCCUCUAAUAGCCCUUUCACAGCUGCUGUAUGAACAUUAAUGACCCACUCUGUUUAAAGACUAAUCACAUUUCCUCCACAUUUGUUCCCUUCAUUAACCUGUCAGCUUUUUGAACCACUCUCUUUUGCAGGUCAUCGUAGCUUUGUCAGAGAAGAAGCGCGCCCACAUCCCCUACAGGAACUCCAUGUUGACUUCUGUACUCAGAGACAGUCUUGGAGGGAACUGCAUGACCACCAUGAUUGCCACGAUGGCUGUAGACAAGGGGAACCUGGAUGUAAGUGCAACAUGUUAGGGCCAUGUUUAGGCAGGAGGAAGUGAGAAGGAGGAGGUUUUGGAGAAGAACCCUGAAACUUAGAGACUGGCUUUGUACACAGCAAAUAUUUAUUUGAAUGAUAUAUUUGUUGAAUGACAAAAGGAUGAGGUUUUUGUCUGGGCAUAAAUUUUAAAUGUACAGAACAAGAGAGAAGAGGUAUUACUUUGUCCACAGGGGGCCCCAGAAACAACACAAAUCAAAAGUUCCUUGUGGCAGCUUUAACAAAAACUUAGGAGCCAUUAGGUAAUAGUACCAAUCAAUCAUGUACUAAUACCUUGAAAUACUUGUUCUCAUACUGGUUUAUGAGCUAUUAUAAGAGUAUUAUCUGAGUAAUAAGGUGUGACAGUCUUCCUCUAAAACUCUGUUUUUAAACUGUUUUCUGCAGGAAUCCAUCUCUACAUGUCGCUUUGCUCAGCGUGUGGCUCUUAUCAAGAAUGAAGCUGUGCUGAAUGAAGAGCUGGAUCCCGCUCUGGUGAGGAAAAAAACACCUUUACCACACAACCCCACCCUCAGACAUAUGGCUUAAUUUUGUCUGUCAGGAUGGUCACUAUGAGACCCCUCAAUGGUUCAGCAAAUUACCUUCGGUGAGAAUCAUGCAGAAUCAAAUCAUCCAAAUCAGAGUGUAAACUACCAGGCACUCAAGUAUCCUCUUCAGGUCUCUGACACCAAAUGAGUUUUCCAGCAUCAGACAGUUGCUCUGAUAUAAGUGGUUUUCCACCUUCUACACGUGGACGCUUGUCUGUCAUGUAAUAUUUAGACUGCUCACAGGUCCUGUUUGCAUUCCUCCCUCUUUGGUUUACAUGCCUCUGAUUCUGUUAUGGCAUAUUAUAUCCCAACACCUUAGAGCCUCUUCAGCAAGAAUCAAGCUGCAGACUGGUCACUUCUGUUUUCACACACAUGCAUGCAUGAAGAUACAGACUCCUGCCCAUAUGUUGCUUCGAUUAGAAUUCAUGCCCUGUCUCUCCUCUGCCGUCUGCAUGGUAGAACUUUGCAGGGUUGGGGUGACACAUGCAAACACAACAUGGAUGUAACUUUACAAUAGCCAUGUUUACGUGGGCAGAAUUUCUUGAUCUGAUUAAAAAUUUGAGGGAUUGGAAAAUCUGAAUCUCCUGUUUAUAUGGGCACAAAAUAAAAAAAAUCUGAUUAUGACGUGCGCAGAGAGGAUGUCUUAUUUCAUUUAGUCUAAUUUCACUAAAACAACCCCAGAAGAAGAAGAGUUGUAUUUACGCCUGUGCUGUCAACAAACCAACAAACAUGGUAGUGGCUUGCUUCAUCCAGUUCAGGAUUUUCACCCUGUUAUAUGUUGUCACUAGAUGGCGCCCUUGCUUACUUAUUUUACUUUUCCGUCAAAGGUUGCACUGUGCGUGCAGAUGUGACGUCAUUACGCUGUAUGCCAUGUUAUGUCACCGGAGGAGUAGACACGGCACCUGCGAUUGUGUUUUUUUUUUUUUUUUCUGCCAGUGUCAAUAAUGAAACCUCCUGUACUGACCUCAAUAAAUAAGCCAAAGGCUUAAGAGUGAAGAUGGUGUCAGGUUAGAGAGUCACGAUCGGAAUAAGUGUUAACAUGGACGAGUUUCGGAAUAAUGAUCGGCAUAAACCACCCCCCUCAAUCAAAAUACAGUUUCUUUCCGAUUGAGCCGAAUUGGCUCAGAAUCUUCCGAUCAACAUGUUUACAUGACGCUUUUUUAUUCUGAUCAGGUGCUGUAAACGCAGCUACUGAUGCAUGCAUAUAAUACCAGCCAGUGUACGAGACAUCAGCUGUCUUUCUGCAAACAGUUUUUUUUUUAUUAACACCAAUAAACUGGCAAGCCUGGCAGAACAGUUUUUAAUUUUCUGCUCUCACACGAGGCUCGAUACCUUUCACAGAGACAUGAGGCCUAAUGAGCAUGGCUCUUUGUGGCCACUAUAGAUUGACAAAUAUUGUUUGUGGUCCAGAAACUCCUUGCUUUAUAUCUUUGCUUUAUGAGUUAUAUUUUUGUUUUGCUUUUGUUUUGUCACUUUAUAUUGUCAGAAUAGGCACUGGAAUGAUUACAACAUGUCACGCACUGUCACAGAAACAGAUCUCAUGCACACGUCCAUAUCUGCCUUUUGCUUUGUUGUAAAACCUCUGUUGUAGUGCAGCAGGAAGCUGACCCAGUAGUUUGUGUAAAAAGGCCUCUUGGGGGAUAUACUGUACAGCGGUUGUCCUCCCCUCCUGCCAUGACCUGCCUCAGGAUCAACUGCUACUGUAUUACUGCUCCUUAGGUUUGGCUGGCCAUUUGCAAACCCUGCAGAGGUAUUUUUAAGAGAGUCUGCGGUCAGUGCAGUAAUUGUGACAGAGUCUGGCUGCUCCCAAUCGGGUCCGGCUCUGUUACAGCUCCAGGCAAACCCAAAUGUCUUUCCUCCCUUUAUGACUUUUUAGUAUGUUGCUCCCGUCUCCCUGUCUCUCCCCUCUCUCUCUCUAUCUGUCUUCCUGCUUCGCUGAGAAAAACCCAGCAGUGCAGUUUACAAAUGAGACUGAUGUCAUUUAUUGUGGUUUGGGGUGACAGUCAAACUCUCAGUGUUGGUGUUCCCCUUCUUACACUGUCUCUCCUAUCCUGAAGUUUGCUUUUGGAAAUCACUGUUUAAGACAUUGUUCAGACCACAUUCUGCCUUUAUGGUCCAACACUGUAGCCUACAGGCUUCAAAAUGCCUUUUUAAAGACUUAGCAGCAGGAAACCAGCCAGACCAGACCAAACAUUAACACAUCUCUAAUGGACGGGAGAAGAAUGAGGUGCUGAAAGUGACCGGUGAUCAAAAUGAAGCUGGCCUCAGUGACUGAACCAUAUAAGGUUGGAUCUGUUGGCUCCUUGAACAGCACAAAGGUCAGUCUUAAUCCUCCUGUUAGACCCAGUUAGUCUGGUCUGCUGUUAAAGAAAACAGCCACAGGUAUGAAUCUUUUAUGAUUCCUCCAAGAGUGUGGAAACAUGAGCAUUGAAGGGUGCUUUGUGUUUAGUUUUAUAGCCGUCAUAUUUGACUUUGUGACUUCUUUUGGGUCAAAAAAGUUAAUUGUAAGGUGUUCUAAUGCAGCAGGGGAGGAAAAUAAGCAGCUUGAUGACCCUCCUGAACCUGACUCCCCCUUUUCUCAACAUCUUGCUUGAGAAGUCAGCUCUGAUUAGCACAUACCUGCGAAUCAAACAGAAGCUUGCAAACAUGUAAGAGAAGCGGGUGUGAAAAUUCCUCUCCCAGGCUCCCUGCUCUGGAGAAAGCUGCUGCUGUUGCUGCUGCUGCUGCUGCUCACUGUAAGAAGACGAGAGUUUUUAAUUGUAGCAGUGUGGUGCACUUCAGUGCUCUCUGUCUAAAUGGUGCCAUGCAUGGAACAGAGCCCAUCUGUUAUCAUUUUGUUGUGGAGGAAAAAAGGCCUUACCCGUGUUUAGUCAUGGGAAACUAUGACUCCUCUCCCUUCAUUAAAAGAGGCCCUGUAAUAGCAGCAGGACUGUGAGUGGCAAACUACAUAACAUGUAUGCAUUUAAGGUGUAACCUGUGGGUAUACUGUAGUGCUUACUGUUUAAUGCGGGUGGUUUCUGCACAGGACAGAUUGCCUGGAUUUAAAAAGAUUGAUAGUCUGUACCUGAGAACAACCAGAACAAGAGCUCUGUUUGGGUUUUUCUUCCUCUUCGGGCCAAAAAGAUCCUUUUGGACGGGGCUCACAUACAACAUAGCUAAACAGUUUUUCCAACAGUUUUUUUUUUUAUUUUUUUACCAACAUUUAGGUCAGGAACACUUUUGUCAAGGGCACCAUGCCCUUCCCAGCAGGAGCUGGAGGUGGGAAGAGCUACUUCCCCUCAGUUUCAUGCUCAUGUUUUAAAAGCAAAGGCAUGGAGAGCAGCAGCAAAGACCCGUAGAGCACAGAACUGAGAGGUGACAGUGACAACUCAUAUGACUACGGAGUAACUGAAUUAUCAAUAAAUAUGAACCUCAAGCCUUUGUUUAAAUCAAAGUUACACUGUGUGUUUUGUUUUGCACAAAUAACACAGUUUCUACUGGGCAGCUGUUCAGGGGCGCAUCUAGACUUUUUGACUGGGGUGGCACAACUGGAGCAGACACAGACAGGGGUGUCCAGGUGAAGUGUACAUACAUAGAUUAGCAGCACUUACCCCCUCUGUCUUCACUCUUUUGACAACUAUCAUAAAAGUGUGGUGCAGAUUUAAUAUUUACCUGUGUAAUUUAAGAAUACUAUAAUAAAUAAUGUAAUGCUGAACUGAAAGUACAUGUUUUAGGACUUGUAAAAAGACAAAUCCUUUGAUAUAAACUUAUUAUUAAUAUUGAUAUUAUUAAUAUUUACUUUAAUAUUUGAAUACUAAAGCUCAACAAACAAUAAUGGAUAAACUAGAGGAUUGAAAAGCCACUUACAGAAGCAUCCGCAGUUCAUUACCUGCAAAGCUGCUGGUCUCAUAAGGCAAAUGGAUUUUAAAGAAAGUCAGUGCAUUUCACCUCUUUAUUUUUAGAGCUGUGACUGUAAACAUAUUAAUAUUGCGUUGUAUAUAUGUAUUAAGCCCUGGUGUUUGUACUUUUGCCAGAUGUAUUCUGAGGACAAAAACUGUGUAUUAUAAUUUUAUAAUGACCAAGCUGUCACAGGGGUUUGAUGCUGUCAAAUGAAGCUGAAGUAGCUGUCAGCUAUCCACGUGAGAAAACUAUUUGGAUCUGGAGUUUAAUUGAUAUGUUACAAUACAAACUCAUUUAAAAUGUAAAAUACAAUGAAUAUAACAGCUCCUCUUUUUUGUCUGAUUUACACUUUUGUAUUUGAGGGCAUUACAUUUCUCCAAGCCAGAGUCUGAGAAAACAAGGGCAGACAUCAAAAGUGUAAGUUAAAGGUAUCAUUAGGUCCAUUACAUAUUUUACCACCCUUUAACCAUCAUCACAAUAUUGCACAAUAUUAUAACUCAUCACAUAUCUUUCCCAUAAUGCACAGGUCUAUGAACCAUGCUUGAGGUGUCAGGUUGGCUAACCCUUUUGCACUGCAGCACUACGUCCAGUGCCAGCUUUUGGCCUUUUUACUGCAUGUCAUGUCCACAUGCCUCCUAUGUUUCCUGUCUCUGUCUAGCAGGGUCUGUUAGGUGAAAAAUCGUUACACGGUGGAUACAAGCAUAAAUUUUGGCACAUAUGUCCCUUAGGUCACCCCAAAACAUCCUAGAAGGGAUGCCCAAAAAAAUGUUAAACAGGAAGUGAGUUAUUGACAAAAUUGAAAAUGGCUGCCUAAACAGGUGACAGUUUACUCAAAAAAAACCUAAAGAAUGUCCAAAAAUCAUUAAGUUUGGCACAGGUGACCCGUGGGUCAUCCAGAGACAUCCUAGAUAUAGUGGCCAAAAACAGGAAGUGGAUUAUUGACGAAAUUCAAAAUGGCCGCCUAAAGCGUUGCUGAUUGAUUCAAAUAGCCUAUUGAAUCUCAGAGAAGCAUACUAUUUGGCACAUAUGUCCCUAGGGUCAUCCUAAUACAUCCUAGAAGGGGUGCCCAAAAUAAUCUGAAACAGGAAGUGAGUCAUUGACUAAAUUGAAAAUGGCCUACAGUGUUGUUGAUUGACUCAAAAGUCAUCUAAAGAAUCUCAUAAAACUAUAACGUUUCUCAAAUGUGUACCUUGGGUUAUCCUAAACAUCCUAGAAAGGGUGCCCAAAAUAAUCUGAAACAGGAAGUGAGUUAUUGAUAAAAUUGAUAGAUGAUGCAAAUGAAGGGGCAAAAAGAAAGGGAGAUGACGCUCACUGUGCAGGUAUUAUUUUUCAAAACCCUAUAAAUGCAUACAAAACUAUUUGAAUUACAACCCUCUGCAUUUCCCCGGGCUUUCGACCGGCACAAGUAGAACACUGGCUUGUGUCCCAUUGAGGCUGCAUUCAUUCAUCCAUCCAUCAUCCAUCCAUCCAUCCAUCUUCAUGUCUGUCUGUCUGUCUGUCUGUUGUUUUGUCUUUUUCCCCUCUUUUCGUCUUUUAUUCUUUAUCUUUUUGCCAAGUGACUCACAUGUCCCAUUCAUAUUUACCAGCACAAUGGCAUAAUGCUGUACAAGGUAAUCCAGCAUCCCGGCACCGACACUUCCGAGAACAGAGGGGCUCAGCUUUGCAGCCACACUUAAGGAGUUCUCUGCAAACUUUUGCAGCCUCGGGCAAUCGUGUCCAUAGCGGUCUCCACAAAUUAUUGACUUUGGUCCAUCCAAAUUAGACUGAUAAACUGCUCGAUGUGCAUGCUGUAGCAAUAUAGCCUGUGUCGGAGGAAUGUUUUCCAUUGACAGAGAUUUCUUAGCAGGUCCUUCCUUAGGUAAUUGACAUUUUCAAUGUCAGUUGUCUUGUCGUACAGAACACAGGUGUAUCUUUCCAGUAAUGCAAAUGUCUUUGAUUCCACUAGUCACCUGCUAUGUCUUGGCUUAAAAAUAAGUUGUGCCUAUACAGUAUAUGAGUGCUGGAUCUAUGGUCAUAUAAAGUUGUCACAAUAUAUUACCUAUAUAUAAUCAUUCAUAGGGCCUACUAGAAGUUUUUUGAAAAACAAUUUUGUAUCUGGCAUCAACAAUAUAUCACUCACAGAAGGAUUAAUGUGUGAAGUCAUGUCUUUCAGAGUACAUUUUAAGCCAAUUUAUUCUCGUUUGAAGGCCUUUAAAACAUAUUUUACACAUUUUUCUUGGGUGGCUUUGGCCAAAUCCUUUAUUAUUGGUCUAUUUACUAUAAAUGAAAAUCUAUAAUUAGCAGAUUUAGGCAAAAUUUCAGAAUUAGACCACAUCUUAGGAAUUAUGGUUCAUUUCUGGCGGCCAUUUUGGAUUUUCCCCUUUAAAAGGUAUUUAAUGGGUCCGAAUUUUUGGGCACUGAUUCUGAGAUGAUGAGAUACACCCUAAAGAAUGUGUGUACCAAAUUUGAUGCUUGUAUCCACCGCGUAACGAUUUGGCCAUUUUUUCAAGUUAACAGACCCUACUGUGCCAAAGUCACAACUAAAUCUGGUUCAAGUAAAAACUAAAACCUUAAUUUGCAGAUAGAAAACCAACACCUGUGUUUGUGUAUCUCUGUGACAAUUUUUCUUUCUUCAUCAGUUCCCCAGGAUUCACUGGCAUUAACAGUCACGUGUCCUGAGUCAUUUCUAAUUCAGAGUGUGCUGUGGUGCUGCGGCACUCGUGUGCGUCCACACUCUGAAAUAGACUAAAUUAUUCUGCUGACCAACAACUGGUGGUCAGCGUCUCAGGAUGCAGCUGGAGGAAUUACAUCAGACCAAAAGUUUCAAAAUAAGAGAAACAGGGAGUGUCUCUGGAGAGGGAUGGUCAGCUCUGAUGUUCAAAGUUGAAAAAUAUGAUACAGGGCGGAUUAGAGAUGAAAUUUUCACUGAGCUGAGUGGCACCUACCCCAAACCACAAGGCAGGUCUGUUUCUCCUCAAGAGCAUCUCGAGUUGAGCACGUCUGACGUGAUGACUAGUUUUAACUUUCCUUCCCAGAGCUUGUGUUUGCUUGAAGUGGGGGCUCUUCGUUAAGCCAGUCUGACCUUUGACCCCUGUUUAGGUUUCACUGAACUCUCACUCCCUUACUAUGUGGUGUGACAGUGACUGUGGCACACAGUCCCCACUUUCUGUUGUGUUUACUCUUUCCCUCAGCGACAGCUCCACUCAUUGAGAGGCUGCUUUAGGACUUUGCAGUUUGGUGAUAGUGAAGUGGGAUUUCCACUAAAGAAAAAGAACAAUUGCUGUUUGUUUCUUUAGGUGGUUGAGAAUUUUAUAUUACAUGGUGAGUUUUUAUUAAAGCUAUUUUGGCUCCCUUUAAAUAACUACCCUGUCCAUUGUUUUUGCUGUUGGCAUAUUUUCCCCAUUAUUCUCUGUAAUUACAGGUCUCUACUCAGAUGCAGUAAUGAAAAUGUCAUUUUGCUUUCCUCAACUUACAUUUCUAUUUCAGGCAAAUGAGUAAAAGCAAAGUAGAGAUCUUCUUUAAUGUCCUGCACAGAAAUCAAGACCUUAGUUUUAUUUGCUGUGGGUCAGUCCCAGAGUCAGUCAACAAGUAACUGUAUUAAAUUAUAAUGAUCUUAAUAUUUAUCAAAGUUAUUGAGACUCUGAUUUUUUUAUGUGUAUACGAGCACAGUCCAUUUACCACUUACAGAUCUGUUCAGUUCAUCUGUCCCUCUUGUUUGUCUCUUACACAUGCUCCCCUCAAAUCUUUGACCACAGCACCAAAGUCCAAGUUCUGACACCCCAGCAUCUGCUCAACUUUUAAAAAAGGGCACCAGAUAAGUUGUCUCACCUCUAACCUUCUGCUCCUGGUGUGGCUCAAAGGAUUAGGACUUAAUCCCUCUUUAAAAAGUGUGCUGUCACUCCAACACAAAGAUUCAAACAUAAAGAGCUCUGUGAGGUUUGUAGAGAACGAAUGUUUGCUAUCCUUCAGCUCAUCAGCGUUAUGUUUUCAGCAGCUCCUUUUGUAAUUAAGUAGCUGCUGUUUUCUGCAACAUCUUCAGCUACAUCAUCCUCAAUCUGAACUCACUGAUCUUUAAGGUGCUGGUUUCUAAUCCUUACCCAGACUGACAUGAGACCACCUCUCUAGACAUGAACCUUUUCAGUGAGUCAAAAUAGAGGACCGCAUGCUGCUUUUAAAACAGUUUCAUGUACAGUUGAUUAGAUAUUGGUUCAUUUAGAGUGGAAAAAUCAAGAAAAGAGGUGAAAACAAUGCAGCAAAAUGCAGCAAAGAGUUCUACAAAGUCAGAGAUGGUGCAUGAAAAACACUGAACAAAACAUGGUAGGGGAUACAUCUUUAGAUUAUGAAAAACACAUUUGAUGGUUAAAGACUUGAAAUAUAGAGGAUUAUGCUUAUCGUGCAUCACAGGAGCUGAAUGUCCUAAUAAAGUCACUGUUUCUUUAUCUACAGGAAGGGUGAUAGAGGAGGUGAUCUUAGAAUCUGAUCUUAGAUGCUGCUAAAUAACCUGUUUCUUCACACUGUACGUUUAAGAUGCUGUUGCAUGAAAUAGGAACAUACAGAGCCCUCAUGACCACUAUCUGAAAUCCUGAGCUUAUCGUGACACUGUCAGACAACUUUAAUUUAUUAUUACAAGUAGAGUUAUAACAGCAGUUCUGACCAAAAGGGAGAAACUUUGCCAAUGAUACAAAGGUGGGUCAUAGGGUACAUUUUUUGCCAGAUGUAGAAAGAGGUUUGUUUUUUCUAGUUUUCUACAAACAGCAGCUGUAAUUUUAGUCAACUUGGAUAGUUUGUAUAGGUCGACAGCUUGGUUAACCAUUUGAGGGCAGCCUUUCUAUUCCUCAUCGUACUCUUUAAUCAUAUUUCAUCUUGAAUGAAGGUGACCUUCUGUGACUGGAGCUCAUAUAACAAAUCAUUCUGCUGUGGGACGAUGCUGCAGGCUGUUUGUAAGACUUUGUUUCUUGUCUCUGAGAGGUUUUUUUUUUUUUCACAGACAUGCCUGCUGUAAGUGUUUUUUGUUUUUACAAUGAUCGCUAUCUCAGUCUGUCUUCAAGAAGCUAUGUCUGGACCUGGUGAUAUAAUUUGCUUUUUUAUAAAUACCGUAACCAGACACGGAUGGUGGUUACUAUCGGCACCCAGCCUGUUGGCUCAGUGUGCCAGUCCUUAACCAAACACGUGUGGACAGACAGCAGCAGAGGGUUUUAUGUGUUCUCCUUUUUUUUCGCCGCUGCGGCUGUUUAAUGCUAAUUUAUAUUUGGCUUCCUGAGUUUUCUCGCUGGAGCAUCCAGUCGUCUGGAAUCACUUAGGUUUGUCCUCAAAAUGCAUCAGGAAGAUAAGCCGCAAGAUCAUUUUCAGAGGGAUUGUCUCAUCAGUUGGCAGCAGGAAAAUAGCCUCUGUCUGUGUGUGUGUGUGUGUGUGUGUGUGUGUGUGUGUGUGUGUGUGUGUGUGUGUGUGUGUGUGUGUGUGUGUGUGUGUGUGUGUGUGUUUGUUUUGGACUGAAGACUGUGAAGUAUUUUGAAGUCUGCUCUCUGACGUGGUGUGUACAGCUAUAGCUCACCUCUGACCCCGCCUUAUGUGUGUGUUUGUGUUUCAGCUGAUAGCCCGGCUAAAGAGAGAGGUCCAGUCUCUGAAGGAAGAGCUUUCUAUGGUGACAGGAGAGCAGAGAGAAGACCAGCUAACGGCAGAGGAGAUCCACAAGUAUGUCAUCUCUGCUGCAGUCAGUCUCCUAUCACUGUGCAGAUACCUUAGUCAGCUGAAUAGUCUUUUUUCAUCUUCUUCAACGCCCUAGUUUACCAAAAUCAGUCGCUAAAAGUGUGGAUGCUUUUGUUACAAUAAGACAAGACUGCUAAAAAAAAAACAUCUUUACUUAAGGCAGCUAUGAAGGAUCCAUGAUCCAGUUCAAGCAAAACCUGCCUUUUCAAUUCAACAACUUUCAGUAUGAAGUCUGUGUGUGGUCCCAGCUCCAUGUCCCUAAAAUAAUCUAUUAUCAUAUUUUUCAGACAGAGUCUCAAAAACACACUACAGGAGAAAUAUCUCAACAACCAUUACUGCUGCUGAAAACUGCAACUCUUCUGAUAGAAAGUUACUCCAUUUAUUUCUAUUUUAUUUAUCCUUUUUGACCAGGUUGAUCCCACUGAGAUUAAAAAUCUCAUUUUCAUUGGAGACCAAGACAACAGGAAGUUUCAGACACAGACACACCGCGGUACAGUCAGUAAACAUUAAAACUAACAUACGGGUUAAAACAAAAACAUUUGUCAUGCAGUAAUGUGUAACCAAUGUGACCAGUAGGGGUGGGAAUCACCAGGGGCCCCACAAUACAAUAUUAUCACGGUACUUGGGUAUGAUAUUAUUGCGGUUUUUAACAUUUUGCAAUACAGUGAGUAUUGCGGUACAAUAUAUCGCGAUUUAUUAAUUUUUUUUUAACUGUUAAGCCAAUUUAGCAUUUGUCGUUCCUUUAUGUUAGUCUUAAUAACACAUUAUUUUAUUUUUAUGUAGCACAUCUCGCAAACCUUGUGUGUCAGGUCCAUCUCAUUUGUGCCGUGCUUGCAUUCUGAAUGUCUUUCCUAGGUGCUGCUAUAUUUGUUGUACCAACUUACAUUUUCAGCCAAAUUUAGUAGUAAUUGGUAUCUUGGCAUGUUAUGAGCUCAGUAUUGUGUUGUAUGUUAUCAGCUUCUAGUUAUGUGGACCGUGUCUGUUUCUCUUAUUAUCACGCACUCUCACUCUGAUUCCUGCUCUCUCUUAUACACACAAAAACACACACACACUCUUGUACACACUCCACAAAACCAUUCAUUAUUCCUAUCCUUAUUAUUUUUCAAAUGCUUCUGUGAACAUGAAACAUUCAUGUUGUAAGUGCUGGCUUUAGCAAUGUGUGGUCACUGUGCAUGCACAUACUGCAGUAAAAACACACAUGCAGCUUUCUUUAUAGUUGUACUAUAAGCUGCUUUUGAGUACACAUCGCUGACCCAGCAUUGAAUGUGUGCACUUCAACAUGCACCACACUGUGUUUUCUUCUCUACUGCAGAGUGAAAACAAAGUGGAUAUAUUGGCAAAUGAUCCUGUUUGAGGAGUUACAGGUGACAGAUGAGGGGAGUCAGCAAGCUCCCUCCAAGUCCUACAUUAAAUCAAGAGAAUCUUGAAUACCUCACAGGUGUCCUUAACAAUGGUUGGACUGUAUGUAUGGGUGUGUAAUGACUUGACCUCGGUGAGGCAGUCAUCUCAGGACGGUGCAGACAUGUAAUUGUUCAGUCUGUUGUUGAGGAUAAUACGGUGCACCUCAGACACAGGAAACAGAACAGACCACAUUUCUGAGGUUCUGUAACUCUGAAAAGCCAAAGAUUUUCUGAGCAGAUAUGUUUUGUGAUUUACAAGUACUCAAGGUUUGCCUGAAGUGCCUACAUGACUUAUGCUGUUGGAUACGCAUGGAUACAGAGCUGAAGCCUGGUCCACUGAGGCUUAACCAAAUCUAACAGAGUUUCCCAGCACUCUGUCCUACUUCUGUUUUCAUACUUAAUUAGCAGAGAGAUCCAAAGAUCAGACCAGGGGUUUGAUUCUUGGAGGACUGGGUACAUCACCACAAAUGGCUGAUGUAUUUACUGCUCCCAUAGUCCUAUUCUUUUUUUCUAUUUCCUCCCUACCCUGAUGAUUAUCCUCGAUUUCCUCCAGGCUGUGGUCAAAGUCACUCAGGGAAUCUUUGAUGAUGCCUGUUUUGACCUAACUCAGUGGACACGCUGACUUUUUGCUGCCGUUUUCCUCUCUGGUUGAUGCGUCGGGACUCAUCCCCAGUGAUCGUAUCUUUUGCAUUUUAUUUGGAGAUCAUGAUGAUCUGCAAGAUCUGCUUUCCUGGAGCACAUGAAAAAUAAAGAACUAACUUGUAUGAAGUGACGCUGUAGUCACUCCAGCCUCGGCACAAACUUCACUUUACACAAUUAGCCAGAUUAAAGCCACAGCAACCACUGUAGGGCAGUCUAUGGUAGCCUUUUUGGGACAUAUUGCUAAUACAGGACAGUCUCGACAGCGCAGUUUGUAUGUGAGAAGUUAAAGCCACACACACACACAGGUACAGUACAGUGCAUCCAGAUGCUGUUCUCGUGCACCCUCAGAAAAUCUGCAUUAAAACACAACAUGCAGUAUGUCAUGUUUUAUAGAACUCUCCUUUUUACGUUAUAAAGUCAGUUUGCUUUUUUUUUUGGUAGAAAGCAUAUCACCUUGCACCUUGAGAACAAAAUAUUUGGAAACCAUGAAAUUUGGGGAUUUGAAAGACAUGUUUUCUCUGAGGAAAUUUGUCACUGAGGGGCAGUCUCACAAAUCAAACUUUGAUUCACAAAAAGCCACCGAUGCCUCGCAGGUCUCUGAAACAAGACCAAUAUGUUUGUUUAAAAUCCUUCAUCGUGUAAACCUAGCGUGUAUCUACUGUGAACACGUUACAGUGGAAAAUACAAACCGCACGCUGUCGUGUCUACAUUGGAUCCGCCUGGACUGUUGCCUUCUGGUCUUUUCCAGGGCCUGAUCCAGAGCUGCAGGAACCAAUGUUUGGACUAGCAUUCAGUUAUAGUUUAUCAACAGGCCAGCUCCGUCAGGCUGGAGCACUGGUUACUGUAAAUAGUUGUCUUUGACCAGACUCUCAUGUUAAACAUCAGAUGCACUCCUCAGAAAUAGAUCUUCACUGUGUGAGUGUGAGGAGAAGGAUGCUCACAUGGAAUGUAGCCUUGGUUUGGGCUCUAACCGUGUGUGUGUGUGUGUGUGUGUGUGUGUGUGUGUGUGUGUGUGUGUGUGUGUGUGUGUGUGUGUGUGUGUGUGUGUGUGUGUGUGUGCGUAUAUGUUUAGGCUGGAAGAGUCAGUCAAAGCCUUUCUGGACGACCCUGACCCAGAUGUGACACUGCCAUUGGGAGCAGACAUGAGAAAAAUCCACCUCUGUUUCUCUCUGCUGAAGGUAAUGUACAGUAUUCACACCAGUCCACCAUUGUGAACAUGCAUGAAUCCACACAUACUGUAUAACCCUCAGUUUCAUCUUAUCUUUCCACCACUUUUCUUGUUUGUUGUAUAUGUUUAAUCAAUUUUAUAAACAUGGUUAGGUAUAACCUUGGACACAAAAUGACAAAAAAGGUGAGAGUGGCCCAUCGGUAAUCUGACUCCAAAUGUUCAGCAUGUUCAGUGCAGUUAUGUCUUCUCUGUUGAGGCAACAAGAUAAAUUAAUUUGAUUGUUAGGGUGUUAGAGCUUCGACACAUCAACCCUUCACCCAUUAGAUCAGCUGUGACCAUAGACUGUAUAUAGAAUGGACGCUGUCUGCCUCCACACUGUGAUGACGCUCGGCUCAAACAGCACCCUCUGGUGCCGGGCUGCAGUAUAGGUCAUAAUUCCAGCCUCCUCCAGCAAUCCCCAUGGAGCUGUGGACAAACUAGAAAUUUUUUUCACAGAAUAUAAUUUUUUUUCACCCCUGGUUGUGAUGCUGACAUGUAGUUAAUUUAAGACUGGUUUGUGCUCAAGUCCUCUUUUUUUCUGUGCAGCUCCGUUUUUAAAAGUUAUUGGGGGGGUUCAUGUUUUCUUUGAUUGACACUUGAUACAGCCUAUGGGCGUUCGAAAAUUGUGUAGCUCACACGAGGGAUACGCUGUUUGAGCCGAGCGUCAUCACAGUGACUCUCCCGCCAAAAACGUACAACACUACUGUGCAAGUGGUGGUUCCAGGAACUGGAGAAAAUCCCAGAUAUACAGAGAGCAAUUUGGCUUCAAAUUCACAUAAUGAUGGAGGCGGUUGUCCAUAGUUCAUGCGGUCUAUGGCUGUGACCAGCUAACCUGUGAAUAGCCCCCUCUACUGUCCACUUUAAGCACUUGUAUAACAUUUGAAUGAAGCUGAUUUCCUUGUCUCAUAGCCCACUUGUUAUUAUCUGGAUAUUUUUUAUACUUAUCAAAGAGCUUUAGAGCUUUAGAAAUCAGUGAUGCCUUACACCAUCCAGCACUGUUGAUUUUUCCCAUGGACUGACUCUCGUCCAGACGUUUGGUGCUUUGCAGUUGUUUGCCAUCUAAUUAGAGGAGGGCUGUAAUGUAACAUGCUGUUGAUAAUGGGUGUGUGUUAAAAAGUGAGAACUUAGAUGAAAGCUUAAAAAAUUUCAAAAUUUUUUACAGAGAUAAAACUAACCCUAAUCCAGAAACAAGAGCGCUGUUUUAAGCCUGUUUUUAGACUGAAGCAGUCACCUGGAAUCAAAGUCAUCUGUGUCUGUGCUGUGUACCGUCUUACAUUAGCGGAGUUAUGACAUUAUUUUGGGUUUAUGUUCAAAUCUCUUAAUUCGUUCUGCAGACUUGUGUGGAAAAAGUUUACGGUUGCAUGUGUUUGGCUGUAUUUUUUUAUAAAGACAUUAUCUUUUCAGGGUCUCUGUUUAGGAAUAAGUCUCAUUGCUGAUAGAUUCAAUUUGAAAUUUGUCAAACAGCAGCUGAUGGCCCAGUGAUGCUUAAUAGGCGUAAGGGAAACACUGCUGAACUCAGGACGGGCUCUGGUUUGGUUAAAAUCUCAGAUGACAUCAGAGGCAGAACCAGAUCCCUCUUCAAUGUCUGUUUAUCUCUCAGUCAGUUUGUUAUGAUCCUCAAACUCUAUCUGCUGUUUGGUUUACAUUCCAUCAAGCAUCACCAUACUUGGAAUUUCUACAGAAACGUGGAUCUGGUUUAAAUUGGAUUUCUUUCUUCUGCUCUUUUCUUAAUGCUGCUUAAAUCCUUCAUGCUUUACACUCUGCUUGUCCCCAUUCCAGAGCUAUGUUCAAAAAACAUGUGGCUUUUCACUACUACUUUAAUGACCUAACUGAAAAAUAAUGUAAAUGUAGCCUUCAGUGUCUGGUGAAGUCUACCCAUCCAUGUGGUGAGUGAGAGGUUGUUGGACUGAAAUAUGGGUGUGAUGGGAGGCUAUACUUUAGCUCCACAGUGUUUACUAACCUUCUUCAUCUUUCUGUGUCAACCACAGAAAAUACUCUAGAGUCUUUAGCUAGCAGUACAGCGAUACUUGACACCUCUUUCGAAUGCACACUUUUAUUGAGAAGUGAGGCUGUGAAGUGUGUCCGGUAAAGUCUUUUGGCUUGGCUGGAGUGUAUUCUAACUGCUUCGCGAAUCUUUUCAGGACAACAGUUUUCAUUUUUCACUUUUUUCAUCCAUUCAGAAAAUGAUCCUGGAUAGAAGUGAUGGAGGAAAUAUGCUCAGGGAUGUGAAAGAAUCAUCAGAGGUAACAAUGAGGAGAGAAGUGGUUCAGGACAGCAAUCACACAGCAGCAGCAGAAGUCACCAAGUUAAAGGAGAUGCUGACACAACGGGAAAAUGAGAUCAGUAUCCCUUCAUAAUAUAAUUCAGUAUUAGCAGGAGGCUCCCUGCUCCUUUUGUUUUAUUGGUUUCACAUUUAUUCAUCCAUUCAUUUGUGAACAUGAUGGCCCUCAUUUAUCAAUCUUGCGCAGAUCUUAGCGCAGAUCUGAGCACAGGACUCAUCCUAUGAUAGGACACACGUAAGAUUUAUAAAAGGGUUCAUAUCUGACCAAUCCCAGCGUACGUAUGAUCAGGUCUUGAUAAAUGCGGCGACUUAAAUCAAUCAUCAUUAACAUGUUUAUGCCCUUAAAUAUUUGUGGUUCAGAAGCCUCGCCCACUGAGGUCAAACAUGAAAGAGGAGAAAUAUUACAAAGAUUCGAGACUUUUCCAAGAUGAAAGUGGAUAUCCUCACAUCUGUGGUGGAAACUAACAAGGAUUUUCUCUUUGGAAGCAUAAAAACUGGUAUAAAAGCAGUCCAGAAAACUCCUGUCUGGAGCAGGAUUAUGGUGGCGAUGAACAGCGCUGCUGCGGAAUAGCGGACAGUGGCUGAAGUUUGAAUCAAUUAUUAGUCAAUAAGUUGCUCAUGAUGAUAAAUUAAUAUCUCAUACAUGCCUCAUAUUUUUUUAUUGCCAUGACAUAGGGUACGUUGCUCCUGUUAUUGGAAGUAUUUAGUUUUAAUUUGUUGCGUCUUUGUAAUGUAGAGCGGACAGGAGAGUCUGACAGAGGCUGAACAAAAACAGUUAUUAACGUCACCAAACGGUGUGUUGCUGGCCCUGAGGCACAUUUUUAUGGAUUUCUCUUGGAUAUUUAUCACUGAUUAAAUAGCAAGAGCACUUUCUAAACUUAUACUUAACAUGUCAGAAUCCAUCGAUAGGGUCCUGUCUCCUCUGUACAGCACCUUUGUGGAGCUUCUCCUCAUUAUUGUUCUCCGGGCAUCGGGUCCUCACGUUGCACCGGCACAGCCAACGGCACUCCAUUCGCCAGCGCAACAUUGUGCAAAACUGAACUGGCCCAAAUGAUGUCCCACACCCUUCCAGGAGUGUACAACAAUAUCCCCGCUGCUGGGCCAAGACAGAGACACCUGCCUUUUAGGAGUCAAACGCAGUGCUCCACCGUGCCGCGCGUGCGUGUGUGCGUAAUGUUAAAACGGCAUUCCUGCUCUGUGGCAGUGUUUCUGGGCAUAGUUAUCAAAUAGGCCUAUUCACUAAGGACAUAACAAAUUUAUUUAUGUCUUUAUCUUUAAUGAAAUCUGUCUGAUUGUGCUUAAUGACAGGUUUGAGGUUUGUUUAUCAAUUAUUUUCAGACAGACAUUUGCUGCACCACAGAUCCACACUGACUCAAACUUGCGUACACGAUGUCAGACCUGUCAUGAGAUUUGGUCGUAGCGUACGCUCACGUGCAGAUUGAUAAAUGCCAAUCCUCAAGUCAAAAUUGUCGUACGCAGGGUGUAAGCAAGUUUUCUGCCGUACGCCAGCUUGAUAAAUGAGGGCCGAUAUCUCUAGCCCAGCUAUGAAGAAAGGCAGGACUCAAUAAGGACUCAGUAAGUUGGGGUGGUCAAUGUUCUAUCUGGUAUCUGGGAUUGGGUCCCAAAGGCAAUAGUCUGAGCAAGUGGACCCAGACCCCCCAUAAGCCAGCAACAUACUCCACUUCCUUCUGCAGGAUCCUAGAGGCUGAUUAAUGCUCGCCAUACGUAUGAAAAUAUACACGUCCGUUUCAAACGAUGGUUCCGUCACUGCCCACAUACUUCCAAGUGCCCUUUACGUUGGCGUGGAUGUUAACCAUUACAUCCACCAGGGGGCAGGCCAGAGUCAAAGGACAACAACAAACAAAAAGAAACAUGGCGACUGUGGAGGAGCUAGUGAUAAAGUACAUUUUGCAUAGGAAACAGAAACGAAGGCAGCAUUCGAGGAGGCGGUGGUCGGUCAGGCCACUAAAUGCCUCAGGGCUGAGGGACGGAGAAUUCUUUUCUCUAGUUGUACCAAUGAGAAAAAUUGAUGAUAAUCCUCAAAAAGCCCUGCCAUUAUCUUCAUUUCUCUGCAGAGAUGCGUAUCGGGUAGUGACAGCAGCAACACUGCCCCGCGGUUUCUGUGGUACUGCUCCGUCUGGCCCGUAUCUGUAAACUUUAAGGAUAUGUGGAGAAACACAGACAGAAAGAAUUGAAGCACGGAUGGAGACCUCGGCCGUAUCUGGAUUGGUAUGUAACGUUGAGCAUUAAUAAGCCUUUACGCGUACCCAAUCCAGGGGGUAUAUAUGAACACUCUGGCGAGCUCUUGGUCGACCCUGAGAACACCUACCAGUUGCACCUGCUCAAAAGACCUCUAAGUGAAGGCAUUCAGGAGGCAUCCUUAUCAAAAGCCCAAACCACCUCGACUGAAUCCUAUCAGUAUAAAGGAGCAAAGGCUCAAGAUUCUAAGCCUGUCCCUAAAGCUGAGCCUAGACAUCCAUUGGACGUCAGUCAUCACCCAGAGCCUAAGACGAGGGUUGAAACCUUGAUCAACUAGUUAAUCAAAGUUUUGCCUUUUACAGGUUGACAAAAGGGGCAGUAUUGAAGGAGCAGGUCUGUUGCAAAUCGGGCCAAAAAACCCUGCAUGGUCUGCUUCUCCUUGACUGCAGUGCAUGUAGUAAAUUUGCAUGUGAUAUCGGAAUCAAUGGGCAAAAUCAUCAAAAAUAAACAGAGCAGGUUAGGUUUCUGUCUCUAUUUUUGAUGUGUGUCUGCAUCCAGCUCUCCACUUCAGAAAAAAAGGAAUUUAUCCUAAGGUAAACCUUUCUGGGUUACUUCAUGCUAGGAUGACAUGCAAUAAAUUAUGAAACAUAAGUAGCCUUUCAAUCAUCACCAGCGGCCCCAGAACACACACAAGAUGUGGUUUGAAUGUUUACAUUCAGAAAGAUGUUAACCUAAUGACUGCCGUUCAUCAUCAUUUCUAUUCAUCAUGAUUAUGGUAUUUGCUUUUGAAUCUGAUAUUUCUAAUGGCUUUAUGGGAUAAUUCCUCCUUUGGCCUGUCUCGCUGCAGCUUGUCAUUACAUCACAGCACAUUAGUUGGAAAAUUGAGACGUCUGCUUGAUUAUUUAGCCACAAAAACCUCUGCUCUCCAAAAUAAAUCCAAUAUUAUCAUGUAGAUAUUUCACUUCAGUGUAUCUUGGACUAAGUCUUUGUAAUAUGAAAUCCUCUUCUCUUUGCAGAUUUUUUCCUCCAGUGUCAUACACUGGUUUUCUUUUGUUGUCAAUCUAAUGCCAAAUCUUGUGCUUGUGUGUGUCUCAAAGCUCAUAUUCAGGCCAGUUAUGCUCACGCUCUGCUUACCAUACUGCCUCAGUGUUCUUCCAUUGAGAAGUUUGUAAAUAAAGUUGCAGAAGCUGAAACUGUCAGUCCCUCAGACGGGGUGGUCCAUCUGCAGUGUGUAACAUUAGAGUGCGGGCUGACCCUACCGGUAGGGGUGAUGUCAUUUUCAGCUAAAGCCCUAAUAGCGAUCUAUACUCAGACCAUUUCUACGACUUCAGUCAGUAUCUGCUGAUCACAUCGCUUUCAAAGUCUGUUCAACUGCUUUGGCCCCUGACUCCAGGAGCUGCAGUUCAAACUUACUUUUCCAGACCAACACUGAGUCCACACAGAGUGAUCUUCCUGUCAAACAAGAGGAUAUACCUUAACCCACAACUCCUGUGCAUGGCUGAUUCAGCAUGGGAUCUGGGGUAGAAGAAUACAUCUUAAGGAUAUUGUAACUCAUACAUUUACAGUCAUAGAUUUUAUAUACUACAUUAUUCACAGUCACAUAUUAAUCACUGAAGCCUUUUUAAUAGUCUGAAAUUCUUGUCUCUGCUUAUUCUUAGUGUCUGGGCUUCAUGCAAAUAUUCCUCCACUGUGACUGUCCAUGCAGAAUUUGAGGGAGAUGAUGGUAGUGUUUGCCGGUUUCUACGUCUCUGUAAUGACUUUGUGAGUCAGCUGAGUCGCACAUUUAUGAGAACUUUGCAUGAAGCAAAAUAUAGAAUUUUAAGUUGUCAAACAUACUUUCAUCUAAGAUGAUUUAGGUUUGUUUCCAGCUGCCAGCUGUUUGUGAAAUGUACAAAUCAGUGCUGAUGAAAUAGAAUUACCCAAAUUGGUUCUUUGGGAUUGUUUGCUUUGGAUUAUUAUGAAGCUUUUUCUUCUUCUGGUAAAACUGUUUUGAAGCAGCAGGACUCGGUUUUUAAAUUGGCCCGUCUAUGGUGACUUCUAAAUAACUGGCUGAAGCCUGGUGUUUCUCAGAUCUGUGUUUCUCGGAUCUGUGCUCUGCGUAUUGUCAAAAUAACAGACCAAAAACUCUUAUCUGUUUUGCAUCAAAAACAAUUAUGCUGAUCUUUUUUUUUAUUUGUUUAUUUUUUUUUUAGUAUAAACAAUUGAAAGCAUUGAAAUUUCACAGCAAUUGCUUUUCAACCCUUGGUUAGUUUUUCUUCAGCAGCAAGUGUUUGUGCAUUUUUGCAGCUCUGGACAGCAUUCUCUGUGAUCAUGUCACAGAUUUCAGGUUUUUUAAAGCUUUAUUGUGUCUUGUGCCUUGACAAAAGAAAAAGAUGCCCUUUAUAAAUGACCUUAUAGACAACAAUAAGGGUGGCAAUAUGGGCUUGGGUGUUCCAGUUAUGAGCCUCAUCUUGUUUUUGAUGCACAAAGAGAAACCUGGUUAGUCAUAUCCCUUUCAAUAUGAUAAAUACUAGCAUUUUGGUUUCUGUCUCUACACAGUAUUUUUUUGCAGGCACCUGUGAUGUUUAUUUCCACCACACAAAGCACUCCAAAUUCAAAAUCUGAGAAAAAUGAGACCACUGUGGCUUGUUACAGUUUCAACACAACUUCUAAUGACAAGUAGCUGGAUGACAGCUGCGCUUGCAGAGCUAGUUUAUUCGACUAGUACUUGAGUUUGGCAAGAGAGGACAGCAUUAACUUCACAUUUAUAUUGUCAUUAGUUUGAAGUUUGAAUUUGUAGGCAAAAGGGCUUGUGAUGCUACAGCUCUGAAACAGCAACAGCUUUUUGCUCAGGUUACUGAAGAGUGUCUGUCGUGAUCUCCCUGAUGGGAAACCGCAAAAACUCCAGCUACCAGAGGAGACGAUUAUGCAUCCAUGGAGCACAGGAGUAUGGCCUUAGCAUCCAUAUAUAGGGAUAUGUUAUCAAAAAAAAGCCUCUCUUCGGAUUUUCACUGUUUUUAAACACUUACCAAGUGAACGGGUUUACGGGCUGCUUGUUCAAUCCUGAUUGGGGACUACAAAGAGCCAGUUCUGCAAUUUUGUUCAUUGAAACAGCUGUGCACCUCUCUGCCCUACCUUAACCCAAAGCUAGCAGUGUCUUUCUAAUUCUGGGUUUUAUGGCAUAUUAGAACUCCAAUACUGGCAGUAACUAGUUAUAAAGAUAAUGUUUUUGGAUACUGUAUAUGAUGCAUUAUAGAUCAAACCUUAAUUAGGCUUGAUGCUCACCCCACACACUUCAAUUCAAACUAAUCAGCUUGCAGCAGGCUGGCUUCACACCUCCACUAGCAGUUUGAGAUCUAAAGGUAUUUUCUCUGCUUUUGAAGACAGUACAACAUAGAACAAUAAGAAUUAUGAGGAUAGACUGGGUGCACAUUAUGAGCUGAUUUUGACCGCAGUUUGAAUGCAUGGCAUGUGAAGCAGCCCGCAGAUCAGACGUGCAACCCCCACGAGAAGUUUUCAUCAUCAUCAUACUUGAAGUGUUUGGUAGUGUUCAGCAUAAAUGAAGAUAUCAGAUGCCAGAGAUCUCAAUAAUGGAAAAACCAUGAACAUCAGUUUGAAGUUUGGGCUUGAAUUAAACAAUGACAUGGAGACCAGAGGAGGGGUCAUAUUUCUCUGCAGGAUUUGGCUUCUUUAGGUCAUUUGAAAUGGGGUCGGCUUUAGAUUUUGGCAGUUUUGAGAUGCCUGCAUGGUUGAUUUCACUGGAAAGUGUAAGUGGAGCCUCUGUUACUCCAUGUUAUUGUUCCCCCUGACAUCCCCUUUGUGUUGGCUGACAGGAAUAUAAACGAACGUCUCCUGCCUCCAUUCAUCAUCCAAAAUAUGACACAUUGACUCUGUUCUCUGAACAUCACAAAUUAUCUGCUGACCACCACAGUUUGAGUGCGGCCGCAACUGGAUGUCUGCUAAUCUCAUGAUAGGAACAUGCUUUAAACACAGACUAAUGUGCUGCCUCCAAAUUACAGGUUGUGAUUAGACCAUCAAACACACAUCUGUUUAUAGUGGAAAAACAGGCCCAGGUCAGGGGCUGAAUUAAUAUUUUAUGAGACUGUAGUGCUUUAUUAAUGUAGGUAACAUAUACAAAGAUCAAAAAGGCUGAGUGGGCUCUUUGUCACAAGCCUGCUUCUUAUAGAAUAACUGAAGUUAAGCCUCUCCUCGCAACCCAACACAAUAUUUGAUUUCGUGCCCUCUGAUGACAUCUUAAAAGCAAUCUUGGCAACUCUUUUUAAAAUGUCUUUAUCGUGUUUUACUCUUUACUGUUUCCCAACGCAUUUUUCCUUCAUUAUAUUCCAACUUUCCCUCUUUCAGCAGUGUUGGAUUUAAAAAAAAAGUCUCCUGGUAGCGACGUCUUCUUUCUUGCCAGUUGUGCAGAAAGCAGUGUACUUUUGUUGUAAAGUAAAAGUCACAAGAGCUGAAUGAAUCUGCUUUUUGCAUAAAUAUUAAUAAGUCCAGCGGAAAGUGGUUUUAAGCAGGAGACGUACUCAAGUACAAAGUUUUACCAAGUAAGAAACAGAGGAAGCUAUUAAAGCAAACUGCCAUUCUGCAUAAAGACACUGCAUAUAAAAGUGUGAACAAAAUUGAACCUCCCUAGCAGGCUCUGUCACACUCAUAUCCAAACUCACCAGCACAUCUGUAUUUGACUAAAAAACUCAAAGACACACAACCUCAUUAGGCAGGAGGAUUUGGAGCCCUGCAGCUCAGCACUGCAGCCUCCUUGGCUCUCCUCCCUUCUUUGAUUCAACCCAGACAAAGACGUUUUCCAAAGUCUUCAAGGUCCGAGGAUGAGCAUUUGUCAGCAUUUUACAGCUACCAAAAGUCCUCAGUGAAGCCUGCUGCCAGAGGAACACCACAUGACUGCUGGAUGUUAUCAGCUUUAGGCAAACUUUUGUCAGCCUCUGUGAGGAACUUCUAUUUGUGCCAGGUUUGGCGCCUCCUGUGGACAAAGUGACACAUUUCAUCUCUUUACUGAUCUAAUUUUAUUUUUUCUUCAUUCAUCAAAUGUAUUACUCACUGUGAGCAUCUGCAGGGGAACAGUGAUGGUUUGCCACAAAUUUGUUGAUACUUAUCUUCAGAUAAAUCAUGGGACGUAUUUGGAUAUCUCAGGUGACAUAUCUGGAGUCACUUAAAAAGACUCCCCUCCAGGAGCUUUGGUUUGCAUACUAAAAUCUCCUUUUAUUUUAGUUCUUGUUCACAAUGAAGUCCAUGUAUAACCCUUAACUAAAAGCUUACAGGUAUCCUGGUGAAGAUGUUAAAGAAAGAGAAGAAAAGAGCCCAAGAUUCUGCUGCCCUGCUAAUUAACAUCACCAAUAACCAGGACUCAGCCUCCCAGAGUGCUCUGAGCUCGUCCACCACGGCACAGACGAGUGAUGGAGACACAGACGCUGAAUCUGCAGGACACAGAGGACAAGCUGUUCAGUACCUAAAGACAGGUACAGUACUUUUUUGGGUCUCAUGUGACUGACCAAAUCCUGAAAAUCUGCAGUUAGGUAAUUAGGAGUUAGGAGUAGGAGAACCUCAGUAGAAGUUGAACAAUGACUCAGUUAAAGAUGACGUUGUGCUUUCUGACCCGGAGGAAGUGUUGGCUUUGUAAAGAUUUAAGCGCUGGGAGUUGCCCACAGACAGGUUAUGUCUCUGUUCAGGAAUGCAGCAACUCUUGGUGGUCAUGCAGAUUUUCACUGUGCCUGUUCAGGCUGCCUGUGGGGCAUGACAAAUCUCUGAUUCUGGGUUUUGUUUCGUCCCAGGGCUCCCUGCUCUGUCUCAUUAUAAACAAUGUCAUCAGAGGGAUUGCAUGUAUUUAGGAGUUUCCUGUGGGAGGUCAUUCAAGUGCCCCAGUGCAAUCAUUUCAACAGAGCUACAUUAGACAGUACAGUAUUUUAGACCUGUAAUUUGUUGCUGAUGAAAAGCCGAUAAUUUUAAACCUCCAAUACUUACUGGAUCCUAAAGUAAAGAGCAUGAGCCAAGAAUCCUGCAGUCUAAACAAAAGAGACACUGUUCAGACUAAAACAAACAUGGAUUCAAUUUAGAUGAGGAACCAUCAGCCCCAUUUAAUGCCAUUGUGUAUUGUACAUGUCAAACAUAAAGGGAUUGCAAACUUGCAAUGUUUUUUGUUUUCUUGUCUGCUACAAGUAUAGACAGUGCUUCAUAUGAGUAAACAUGCCGAUGGAUAUUUACAAUGGCCUUUUUUGAUAAAUAUAUAAAUGGGAAAGUAUAUACGUGGUAGUUCUUGUAAUUGGGAUGUUACCCCUACAAACUGCAGGGAGUGUCUUCACCUCCUGGCAGCUGACUCAGUGGCUGCCCUGUAAUGUUGUCAUGGCAUGUACAAUCCUGGUACCAAGAAAGCAGUGGGACUGGCUAAGUUGUCUAUAAAAACACAUUUUGAUGGUUGUCACUUAAAGGCUGUCUCUAACAAAAAAUAGUACAAAGACAAUGUAUGAAAAUAGCUUUACAGAUUAGAGAUAGACUGAUUGAUUGUUGGGCUAAUUAAUGACAUUUUUUACAAUCAGAAUCAUUAUUAUUGACCAUCAUUAUGGAAAAACCAUCAGACUACAUGAGACUUUUCUCCUUUAACUCAGUCCAUCUUAAAUGAGGCUGAGUAGUUCUGUAGCAUGUUAUGGUUUGCUCUUUAGUACAGUUUUAACCUGCAUUUGUGGAUGUGGCAGCAACAUGCUCAUGCAGAAAUUUCCACUCCAGAGUUGUGUCUGUUUUUAAUGCAGUACUGCCGGAGGGACCAUCCUGUGUUGGACUUUCAUCUUUAACUGUGGAUGAAGAAAUACCCAAAUUCCUUCUAGGUUCAUGCUGAGUAAUGCUGUUCUGUAAUUGUUGGAUAUUGGCUUACACAGUCUCUCUCUGUUUUUUUUUUUUUUUUUGGUCCCAAUCUUAAUAUGUUUCUGGCAUCAAAUUUAAACAAACUAUAAAAAAGUCUCAAUGUGAUAUUUUUAAUUGAACAUAGUGUUUUAAUGAUUUGGAGUUAACAUAAAACACAGCAUCCCAAGUUUUUUGAGUUGGACUUUGACCCUCUGAGAUUCAGAGAUGGUGUCAGGCUUAAGUUUACAACGUUGUCUUGAUUCUCAGUGAACUUUCAGGAUUAGGUAUGGUGCUCCAGGAAUGUAGGGUUGCUGCAAGUCAAACCGGUCAGGUUUUGAGACAGACUCCUCAGCCAGCAGCAGCAGUUAUUCAGCGUUUUCUGUUUUGUUUUGGUUAAUUGGAGCCCAAAGUGUGAUGAUACAUCUGUUAUAAAAAGCUCGGUCAUAGCCGCCGGGCAUCAGGAGUAGGAGCCAGAUACUAAUCAAAUUGAGGCUGCGCUCCUGUCUGCGCUGAAAACCACAGCUCCCUCAUCCUCUUCAACAUUUUUGUGUAAUGCUGCCCACUGUGGUAAUCAGGCCAGAGAGGAGGUAAUUGGACACAGGGUCUCUGAAACAUGAGCCUAUCAAAAAACAAACACAUGUUUGAACUGGGUCCAGUCUGAAUCAGUGAGGGGAGGACUCAUUCAUUGAAAGAACUUUGAGGAGCAGUGUGAUGGAUGGCUGUUAGUCUGUGUGUCAUAGGUGUUCGUUUUGUAAAACACCAUCACCUCAGCAGAGUACUGGUGUCCACCUGAUCCUGCUUUUUGCUUUACAGAUUCACACAAGGUCCAUUUUUCAAUUCCAGGUAAGACCCUCAUAAGCCAGUUGUAUUUUCAGACUGAUUAUUAUUUGAAUCUGAUCAACUACUAUAACUAAACAGACUUUUGAUCACCUCAGAUCAUCACAGAUAAUGGGAUUUAUACCAUGUCUGUCUUAAGAGGUCAUAGCAUCCAUGGUUUCCACAAAGACUGUCAAACCCAUGACUCAUCAGAACAUUAGAGCUAACUUCACUUAAGUCAAUUUUAAACAGGACUAGGCCUAGCGAAGUUGUCGGCACUUCUGGAUAUAUCUGGUUUUAAUCUGCCUUUGUAGAUGCAGCAACAAACUGGAGCUGGUUUUGAGCGAAUGUGUUGAGCUAAAAACUAUAUCAAGAAAUGACAAAAUACAGCUACUGUCGGACAACAGCCUUUACAAGCAUUGAAAAACAUGAACAACAAUUAAACAUAGUACAAACUAAAGACAUAAACACACACACACACACACACACACACACACACACACACACACACACACACACACACACACACACACACACAUGGAAAAAAAAGGAACCAGAGAGUCAAAUAAGUUUGUCAUUUGCAUGUUUAAAAUGUAAUGGGUGGAAGUUGAAACUUAUGUAGUCCCACCCCUUCACCUUGCACAAAUAAUCAAUAAUUAAUUUACCUGCUUCCAGUUAAUAAUAAUAACAAUAAUCAUAAUAAUAAUCAUCAUUAUAACAAUAUAAACAAAAAAAUGUAAUAAUAUAUUAAAACAAAUAUUAAUAGGGAUGUUUGGACAUUGUUUUAAUUCAUAAUUCACAUUUUAUUGAGAACUGGUGCAUUUCUUAUGUGAGUAUUUAACAGUCACAAAAGUGUUACUGAAUUAUCAUCUUUACCACCUUAUAUAGCCCAAUGCCUCCAAACAUCUUUGAUUCAUGGACUUCUCAAAUGGUAAAGAAAAUCUAUUUGUCAGGUUCCCUAAUCUUUAAGAUUUGCAAACCCGAAACGAUGGAGAAAAACACUGCUGCUUCAAAAGAUGCACAACUUUUCUUACCUAAGCUUGAACCAAAGCAUCAACCAAACUUGGUUGAUUAGAGGCUGUGUGACAUCUGCUGCAUUGAUGUAACAACUAAAUGAUUCAACAACACUGAAAACUAGUUGAUCAAAUAUCUGCAUUUUUUACAGCAGAGUUCAUUCAAAGUUUGCUGUUGAGGCUGUAAAAAUUGCUUACUUGUCAUUUUAGACAUGUCAAUAUGAGGGGGGAAAUACUAAAAUGACAAUCAUUGUCUUUCUUUGGAUACCUGUAAAGCAAACCACACCCUAGACAUACCUGAACAUGUCUUAAGUCAUAAUUCAUAGUUCUUUUGGCAAGUACCAGACAAGUUUGCAGAAGACAUAACACCUUUUAAACCUUUAUUUAAACUUUUAAAUGUUCCCUCAUUUACAAUGAUAUUGAGAUAGAAUAAAAACACACACAAAUUAACCUAAGAGUAGUCCUCAGUGAAAAUAACUGCAUGCUAGGAUAAAGAUAUUCCCCAUAACUGACUUGAAUUAUCCAAGAGACACUAGAGUGUCUUUGGUCAGAGUCUUUUGUAAAUAUAUCCACAUAUUGAACCUUGUGGUACUUGAAAUAUCAGAUAGUUAGCAGAACAAGUUAACUAAGGUCCAGUAGUGCAGUUUAGCAUAGAUAUUAUAUAAGAGGAGGAAAACAUCAAAUGAAGGAUCUAUGGAUAAGAAUAAAUACAAGCUCAUCAUGCUUCUGUGCUAGAUAGGGCCAACCAAGUUUGUUAUAUUGAUCAAAAUACUGAUUGUUGGGAUUUCUGGCCAUAAAUCAGAAGGCUGGGUGAUACACUGAGUGCACAGAUGUUAGGGUAGAGGCAACAGUAUGUCAAUAAAUUAUAUCCCCAUCAUCUACAACUGAAAUCAGAGUUUCUCUUAAAGUUUGCCCAUGAGGUUUUCAACAUGAAUUUUAAAUGUAAAUGAUUCACAAAGCCAAAUACUAAAAUAUCGAUACACUGGGACUCUUUCAAUAUUACUACCAUCUAGUAUGGAUGGUAGUAAUAUAAAAUAAAUAUCUCUUACUCUAGAGGAAAGCAUUACUUAAAGGCAUGGUUGACGAUCUGAGAAGCAGUUGAAAAAAACAGAGCUUGAGGCAGACUUGAAAAAAAAGCGUCCCACCCCCCACACACACACCUCUCUCCUCUGUGAACCUGUAUUGCCCUCCCCUCGACACACCCCCUCUGGAAGAGUAAGAAGCCGGCCGGCAGAAGAUCCUACUCUAGCUACUCUAGUGAAUAGAAUUCACCAUGUCGGAUUUGUAGUGAUUAGCGGCAGUGAUUGGAUUUGGUGUUAAAUAAAGACUAUCGUUAAAGUGAACCUGCUUGUUUGUGCUGCAAUUGGGUCCAGUCAAUACCCGUUACAGGCAGUAAACGCCAGCUCUGCUAGCGAGCACCCUCUGCAGCUGCCUGGACAGCUGUGUUGACAUUGCAGAGACCAAUAAGACUUAUUUGUGUAACAUGUACCAUGAUAAAAGGCAAAAAUUACCUGUUCAACAAAAACUCUGCUGUCUCGGCAUUUGUUUUCAGGCCCAAAUCCUGGUGGAGCUUUCUCCACCGCUCGAAGGAUGACCCAAUGUUUAUUCAAGUUAGAUUCCUCUCUUGGUCACAUUUCCUCUCGUUUCUGCUCUUUCUUCUGUCGGCUUGCAUUUUCCUGGCACUUUUGGCGGUGGGGCAAACGGAAGUGGUUUUUUUUGCAUCCUUUUCCAUCACAGCUCCUGUAGCUAAGCUGCUACCCUACUUUUAUCUGCUCAGAGCUCCGAGGAGAGUGGGAGGGGACGAGUUGGAACUACGGGAGAGGGGUGUGUCAAAGACAGCGAGGUGAUUGGAUAGGGAGGCGGAGCAGGAGAUCUAUCAAUAGGAGCUGUCCAAGACAAAUGGCUCCCAUUGGUCAAUUUUUUUGCAGCCCUGCACCUGCUAGGAUGAACUGAUUUUUUCCAUUCUUUUUUCUCUUCACUUCGUGGAGAUCGCACUAUAGGACCAUGAUUGCCAUAUAAGCGAGGUUCAUAAUAAUUACCGAUCUCUCUAACCAUCAACCAUGCCUUAAAGUUUAUCUUGUGAUAAACACCAGUAAAGGACUGAUAGAUGCCUUCUGCAGGAUUACUUUUCAGCAGGGAGCUGUUCAGCAGAGUAAUACAGUACAGUGUCAUCUGCGUAAAGAUUGACUUUACAGUCAAUAACAUAAGAGAUAAUGACUUCUUGCUUCUUCCUCAGGCAGCACCCAGAUGGACACAGACAGUUUUGAUCACGACAAUGGUGAUGCCCCUAAAGCUGCUCUGAGGAACUCUUGGAUGGUGUUGAUUUUGACGCCCUCAUGGCCAAAAGUUUGUACAUUACCUGUGCUGCUGCUUAUGCUGUAGUUUUCUUUUGCAGGUAACAAAGAGGCUUAAGUGAUUCUUUCAAUAUGCUUAAAAACCACCUAAUAGAUGCUUUAACUGCAAAGAGAUUUCAUAAAGUGCACAGGAAAAGUUACAAUCCACUAAAGCAGGGUUGGUGGUACUUUGGGCUUUAUGUUUACAUGUAUUACAUAAGGGGUUUUGCCUGCUGUCCCUCAUGUAUUUUGCAGCUGCACAGAUGACGUGUUUAACUUCUUAUUUAUAUUGAAUGAUGCUCUGCCAAAAGAUUUGUUCACAUUUUUGAUGGCCAUUUGCUGCAAACUGCAAAUAAACCAGAAGUCCAGUUAGGUAGUCCGACUCUGUUGAUCCAGCUUGGCAGCACAGGUCCCUUAUGUCUUCUAAAACCAGAAACAUAAACACUUAGAUGUCCUCCCUGUUUGACUUGGUCUGAUUCUCUGAGCUUUGUCCGCAGAGUGCUGCAUGUUCUAUCAUAAAGAAACAUUUGGUAUUACAUGCAAAUAAUCCAGCUGUUUCAUAAUCAAAUAAGAGAAGAUACGGGACAUUUCUUUAACACCAACAUACACAAGUCAUCACGGGGAACCUUCUUGGCUCCAAACUUAAGUUCUUGGAUUAAUGUUGCACGAAGUUACUGUUGGCUUAGGCUGUCUAAAAUCAGCAGCACCGCCUAUGAACGAUGCUUUAAUGGCUCUUUUCUACCUCAUUGAGAGAGAGGUUAAUAUAUUUAAUCGUAAAAAACUGUUGACCUGGUGGAAAAUAGUCCCUUAGAUGAACUGCACAUAAGGAUAAUUACUGUCAAACGUAUGCCAAGAUUCUUCGACUGUGUUUGUGCAGCCCCUCAGACCUUUACAUGAGUGUUGACCAGCUCAGUCUGUGUUUUUACACUGCAGUCAUUAUCACACUUUUAUUAAUGAGCUGCUAACAGCUUGGGCACUUGGGUUCAAUUAAGUUACAGUAGGUACAGUCUUUCCUAUCCAUGCUGAAAUGAGAUAUUGCAAUGUACAGGAUGAAGAGGAGUCAUUAUCAGCAUCAUCACUUAACAUUUGUGUCUUUUUGGCUCAUAUGGAAAGAUACAGAAUUUUCCUGUUUGCCAAAAACAGACUGGAAAAACUGUCUGUCUAUCUGCAGCUUGUGCAUGAGACUAAACACACUUGUCUUUAUGUUAAAGCUUGAAAGAUUGCCAGUGGUACCAAGUUUUCACACUGACUCGUAAACUGCAUCCCGAGUGCACACAAACAGUGCGCAAGAAACCGGAAACUGGUAAUAUGAGGAGCAUAGACAUGACACUGCUGACUGGCACUGAUUAAGGCACAGCAUUGGUCCAACACAGAAGCAUGAACCAGGCUUUACACUUGCCCUCAUAGUCUUGACAUGACUUGGACUUGCACAAAGUGAGUCAUGCUAUCUCUGAUUACACAGAUGUCUGUUUAAAAAGACACUGAGAAAAAACAAGUGAUCACAGUUUAAUGGGAUUUUGUUUGUAGGUCAAAGUGUCUAUAAUGAUUAUCAUCUCCACUGAUUUUAUGAACGCAGAUGCUUUUAGUUUAUUACAUCACUCAGAAAUACAGACUUUAUACAGACUCAAUUAGGUUUCUUGCCAGUGGCGUUGACUCUGCGUAUUACUGUCCAACGUUUUGGAAAAUUCCCAGGUCCUGCAGUCCCAAAGCAGUUACAUGUCCACUCAGGAAUGUCCGUCCACUUUUCUCACACUUCAUGAGAAAUUUCUUCCUCUUUCUGCUCUGUUUGCAACCAGAACAUGCUUCCAACUCCAUCAGCUGUUAACCAGCAGGGAAAGCUUGAUGGAGUCCAGAGCAGCUCUUUGGGAAGAAAAAGCUUUUAAGAUUACAUUGAGCAGUUGCAGGACGAUCGAGGAGGACACCUCUCACACUUUCUGUAUCUGACUGCAACAAUGCGGAGCCCUGCUGGAGCGAAGCUGGUGUCAAGGAUGCUUUAAUGCGCCGGCUAAUGCUACAGUGUCAAAAGUUAAUGCGAGACAGACUGUAUUCAGUUACAGGCUGAAUACGCUGAAUGUGCAGAGUAUCACACAUGCAUAGUUGACACAGUAGUUUCAUACAGUGCUCUCUGUUAUAUAUCUUUUCCAUCUGGGGUGCCUAUUUUCCAUGACCCACUUGGAGACUCAAACUAUAUGUUGCAUUAGCAAACUAUAUAUAAGCAAACUAUAUGUGCAUUAGAUCAUUGUUCUUUGCUCUGUCCUAAUUCAAAACAAAUGCACUCCCCUCAUCGGCUCCUCAUGUCGGAUGGGUAGCUGGAUGUUUAUGUAUGUUUUAAUUUCAGGUUUAAUCUCAGGGUUCUGGUGUUGUGGGCUGCAGCAGCUUCUAUGGAUACGGUUACGGUAAUUGCUGUCCCCUGAAAAUUAACUGUAAAUGUAAUGAUGAUGACCUUUCCAUUGAAACCAUUCAGGCUGGUGGAGUGGCAUAUAAUUGACUUUUGUGUUUCCAUCAUAUACUCCUCUGCUGGGCUCUUAGCUUUGCCCUAGCUGAAUUAAACGUGAACAUUUUGCUCUUUUUGAUGAGCACUGUGUCAGGAGGAUCCACGAUCAUGUGUGCUUCUGUGUCCAGUUAACUCUGUUUCCUGUCAGAGCUGACUACAAUUUUUCCUCUGUAACAGCAGUUAGUUGUCGACUUGUCAAUCUAUACCCAUAAGAAAUUUAAUUAUGGUAUAUCCUCAAAUAAGGACCAGUGUCCAGCCCAUGGCCUUAACCAGUGAAUAAAACCUGAAUCAGGUGUACCUUAAUCAUGGAGAACAACUUAGCAGUAAGUCACACUUCCUGUAGAUUUAUAACAAUGUAGGAUCUGGACAUUUUGAUCAUGACUGAGAUGAGCUUCCCUCUCCGCUGCUCAGAGCUGCACUCUUCUUGACUGUGCUAUAGAGUCCUGAAAGCUUUCAAUGAAGCUGUACUGAAAUGACCAACAUGAGACUGUUGGUGUAUUUUUGAGCUUAAUUUUGCAUGUAAUCUGUCUCUUGAUCAUAAAGUAUUUAUUAAGGCAUAAGGUGCUGGCUAACAGACCAGGUCAGAUCUGGAUCUCUAUGAGUAAUAACCUGGAAGGGCUGUCAAAAUAUCAACAAACAUGUCGUGCAAAUGUUUGAAUAUGUUUGAAUUUUUUAGUCUCACAGUGAUGGCCUUUUUUUCAAGCCUCUGACAAAGUGCGUUCCAUGAAAGAGUCAUACAGGGUUGCCAUUAUGCCACUUGUCGUGCCUCCUUUCUCUGCCACCGCUUCACCUGGAUGGAAAGCUAGCAGGCGAGCCCACAUUAGUUGUAAAUGAGUUAAACAGCUGUUUAUAGGUAGACAUACAGCCCUAUCUUUGUCUUUUAUAUUCUAUAUACAGUGUAGAUACCAAAAUACUGGGGAUGGUCUCCAUUUUUGUGGAAAAAUAUUAUUAUAUUAGUGUUUCAAAAUCAAGAGGUCAUGGAUUCCCCAGGUCACAAUGAGGAGGAUCCUCUGCUGGAUCAAACAGCAGGCUAUCUCCUGCUUCUUUAGUUGCGCAAACUUGACUGCCUGACGCAGGUUCACCUGAUUUCGCUAUGCCAAUGUAGCGAUCAGUAACUGUGUCGUGUUGCGUUGAAAGUGAGCAAAAUCAGGCACUUCAUGGUGUAGAUUGCCUGAUCGCUCAAGACCUGUGCUCAUCACAACGUACAGCUGAAUCCUGCUAGAACAGACCAUCUGUUAAAAGUUUUAUGAUAUUUAUUCAUACUCCGGAAACAUGCAUCAUGACACCAGGGAUAGAUAAUGGUAAUGAAUCAGAGUUUGCAACAUUUUCUAGUUCUUACAUAACAUUCUUAUAUUGACAUCUUGUGGGCGACAAAUCAAUAUUUUACCUCAUUGCUCCGCAUCCUGCAAAAAAAUGUCUGAAACAUAGAAAAGUAUUUCCAGUACAAGUUCUGCAUUUCAUAAAUUUGCCUUUAUUUGCAUCGUUUGGGUAAUGAUGAAGGUGCUCAUGAGAAAUACAGUCUGUGGAGUCACUGGUGCUAUAAGAAAACUCCUCAAAGUGCCUUUAACUAAAUUUUAAUUGAUAAAUGGCUCAUUCUUCGCUGUUCAUUUUGACCUCUGGUUUCUCAAACUUGAGCCCCUCUCACUGAGUCAUAGUUUGGUCAGGUUUUUAGGGGCUGCCCUGGUACAGCGUUCCCCUCUUCAGCACCAAAGGGUAAUGGAUAGACAAGGUGUUCCUGCUGUAAUUCAGGCUGGUAAUGACUUGUUUUAAGCUCACAGAAAGUGGGGGGCACUUGGGAGUUAUAGGGAGGGUCAGAUCUUACUGUAGAUCCUGCUUGCACAUAAUAAGAUGCUGAUGUAUUCACCAGGCCCUCUAUGCAUUUCUUAGUGAGCUGGAGGCCUGAGACAAAAAGUAAAACCUUGAGUGCAUCCAAAGUACCGUGUUCUGUGGAAAGCCAAAGCAGAAACAUUUGAGGCACCAAAAAUUAUGCAACAUUUCCACUCAGUGUGUACCUUUGCUGCAGACAGUUAAUAGUCAGUGUCAGACACUUUGCGUUUUUAUAAAUUGAUGGAAAAGUACAGUCAUGCUUCACUGCGCUGGUAUUUCAUUUCUUAAAUUUGUUGAAACAGCAACAAUAGUCACGACACAUCCCCCCCCUGUAAAACCGCCGCAGUUUGUCAGCACUCGAAGCACGGAAAAGGAGAAUUAGGAAAGUUGGCCUGACGUCCGUGUGAUCUCAUUACCACAAAUGAUGUUAGAACAACAUCACAUGAUGUCAUAUCACUUAGAGAUAUUCCUGGAAUGCUGCUUUUAUUCGGAGUCAAACGGAGUGCAUUUCCCCUCAAGAAACCCCCGUAGCUGAUUUGUUGGGGUUGGCUCUUACAACAUGCUGCAUGUCUGUGAGACGCGGCUGGUUUUAAUCAGAGCUUUCCGAAAAUACAGAAACAAAAUUCCAAGCUGUCCUACAAUUAAUCUCACAUGAGUUACUGUCCUGUGUGUGUCUUUAGUUUAGAGCAGCUUUGUCUCAAAGAUCCGGGGUGGAAUUUAUUAGAUGCCGUCGUUAAGGUCUGGUUUUCCAUGGAAAUCUUACAAAAUAACGGCGGGCUUUAAUCUAUUUAUGUUAUUGGGUCACGCACAAUCUGCCGUCAUCUCCCGUGAAACAAAAACAUUGUUUCGUUGAGAACACAAAACCUAUUUUUCUGUAAAUCUGGUUUUAAGUGUAGAAUGUAUCUGAGGUUGCUUUUUCUUUGGUUCAGAAAAUAGGAUGAACAAACUUUGAACUGAUCCCAGUCUGACUCUCUGGACCGUUACCUCCUGAGGCCCAGAGCUGAGUAGCCCUGCAAAACAGCAAGACAAAUAUUUCUCCUGAGUUAUAUUGCAACUGUCUUUGUCGAUUCUUUAAAGCUCCAUACACUAAACUUUAAAAUACUCGUACUGUCAGGGCUCUGGUUUAGCUCACUGGUUUAGCGUUGACAUUAUGGACAAAGGUGACCAGGUGUGCAAGAGACAUCCUGAACACUGCUUGUCUAGAACAGAUUUCCGCCAUUGUACUAAAACAUUGUUCUCUGAAAUUGCACACUAUUCAUGCCUUAGUGUCUGAUAACACAGAAGCAUGAAACACACAGCUUCGCCAUCAAAGGGAUAUUCCGGCGUAAGUUUAAGCCAUGGUCAAACACACCGUAACAACGAGUUAGACACACCCCCACCCCCUGAGAGAUGAAUUUUGCAGCCCGCUAACUUUUCUAGUUAUACCAAUUUUAGUAACGACUGCACCAUAGCAAUACACAGCGGUCUACAUCUCCACGUGCAAACCUCAACCAAAAAGUUACUCUAUAGCCACAAAUAAUGCUCAGAACAGCACCUAACUUCAUCAACAGUAAAUAUAGGGUCCAAUAUGUACCCUAAGUAUUGACCAAUCAGGAUUCAGUAUUUCCCUCAGGUGUAUAUAAAGUUUAAAUGAAAUUGAUUGUUACCAUAGAUGGUUAUGUUAGCCAAGAGGAAUGUUUUUUUUGUUGUUGUUUUUUUUUUCACAUUCAAAGUGCUGAACUCUUUUCAUUUGUUCCCUCUUUUUUCACUCUGUGAAUAUACAGCAAUUGUCUGACAUUAUUCUUCCAUUUGGAAUAAAAUCAGACCUUCACAGGUUAACAAAAACAGAGCGCUGCGUGUAACUGGGAGGUUGAAGGGGAAAAGGUUUAGAAGUUGAUGUUUGAGACUUAAAAAAUUCCCAUUAAAUUAUUACUAUUAUUACAAGCCCAUAAAAUUCAGCAAUUUUCAGCAGGAUGUUGUGUCCAAACUUUUAUAGUUCCAGUGGCGAGCUGCCAAAGUCCGACGGGGGUCCUCGGCCAUAAAGUGCUGAGACGUAAAAUCUUGCUGUUUAUAUUUGUGUUUAUGUGAACAGAGGUGAAGUGACUGGAGGUCUAAUAGGCUCUCAGUUCUCUAAUCAGCAAUGGGUGGGAGGUCAGCAGUAUGAGUUAGGCUCCAGCAGACAUCUGGCUGCCAGAUUGGAGCUGUGUACCUGUGGAUGUGGGAACGUGCUCAUAUCAGGUCUCACAGCAGGUUCCAGCUCAGACUCCCAAAGUUAACGGGUUUACUCAGAUAACGUGACAACCAUGAAGUCUUGUCAGGUGGUUUUUACUGCUGCUGGUUUAUAAGAAGUGUUUACAGCAUGGACACGGUGAUGUGAACUUCGGUUUCUGAUCAUUAUUAAAAGCUGAAGUCUUGUGUUGUAUCUCUCAGGUCCACAGCUGUCUAUGGGAAAACAAGAAGCCUUUGAGACCUUCAUCAGGGACAAUGAGGACCGUCUGACCAUUGAGGACAACAAGAACCUACUAAAACAGAGGUAAAAUUAUCUAUUUUCCUAUAUUAGUCAGUGCUCUGCUCCUCCCUUUGAACAUCUCUCUCUUUCACUUUAUCGUUAACAGCUCAGAUUGAUGUGCAGCAAGGUUUCGGAGGGUAAAGAAGUUUGGUAUUUAUUUAUGGGCCAAUGUGCCCUUUAACAUGAUGAGCUGCAGUGGUCCAUAUUAUCAUGUCAUCACAAGUGUGGAGAGCGACAAACAGGGAUAGGAGCAGGAGGAGAAGAGAGAGGAGAGGAGAGCAGGGAGAGGAGCAGGAGAAUGAGACAGGAAAGCAGGUAGAGGAGCAGGAGAAGGAGAUAUGAGAUCAUGGGGAGGAGGAGGAGAGCAGGGAGAGGAGCAGGAUGAGGAGAACAGGGAGGGGAACAGGAGGAGGCAGGUGUGUUACAUAGUGUCUGAAAAGCCAAGGGACGGCACAAGCACAACAUCAAAGAGGCUGCAGUGAUCAUGAGCAUGAACAAGUGUUUGCUAGUAUUCGGCUUAACAAAGAAAUCAGUCUAGAUCAGUGGUCCCCAACCUUUUUUGUACCAGGGACCAGUUUCAUGCAGGAAACUUUUUCCAAGGACCGGGUACAGGCAUGGAGGUUCCAAUAACAAAAACCUUAAUCAGUACAUAGUAUGUAAUCUGUAAAGAACAAUUACAUUUUAUAUUAGGUACUUUUCAUUACACUUUAACAUCAACUCACCAUAAUGCAGUACAAGCCCUUUCUCUCUCAAGUGAUUUCUGUUUCUGGCUCGUUUUUGCAAGGGCUAGCUUGUGUUGCUGAUGCAGGAAAAUGACAUGCCUAAGUGUCAAGCAAGAAAGCGAGGCAAUGGCGGAAGUGGUGGUCUUUCAAAACAAGAUACUGUGAGGACGGAUGAAAAGAAAAAAUAAAUGUAAUCAUUGUUAUUCUUUUUUUUGCCAUCCGGUACUAAUUGAUCCACAGACUGGUACCGGUCCAGGGCCGGUGGUUGGGGGCCUCUGGUCUAGAUCAUAAUAAAACUUAAUCCUUGUUCUUGACAUUAUAAAGAUGUUUUCACAGACCUUUCAAGUUUGUGAUCCUAUAAUAAUAGGAAUAUUGAUAAUUUGUUAAAUUAAGGGAUUCUGGUGCAGAUUAGUUCAUUAAGUUGACUAAACUUUCAUACCUUUUGCCACAGUAAAGCACCUUCUUCAUGCUGUUUUUAGUUUAAAUUUGGACCAAAGUGUCUGCAGACACAGGCAGUCUCCAUAGAGAUAUUGUUUUAAAUCAUAAAGGUUCUUCUAAAUCAUUAAACUACUAUUACCCCAUGCUGGGAAUUAGUUGUUUGUGCUUUGGGAUUUGAGCUAAAAUGACAUUAUGCGUGAUGAUUAUUUUCACCAAACACACCAUUUAAUCUUCCUCUAUCUCUGAAUUGCUCACUUACAACUGCAUCCUUUUCAACAGGUCAGCUGAGGCCAGAAAACUUGGAGAGCAGCUGAAUGAAACCAGAAACACAAUCAGUAAGUUACUCACAGGUUGAACUCGCCCUCCAGAGAUCCUGUUACAUUUAAGAGCUGUGAAAAUGUUAAACUCUGCUCUGGCAAACAAAAGCUGCAGUUCGAGGCCUAAAGAACGCUGAUUAUUUCUGUUAAUGUUGUCUGAGUCCCCGGAGACUGCAGCCUACCUGCCUGGAAAACCUUAAUGAACACAUCACUGUCGGGGAGUCGCUUCCCUGGAGCGAAGAAAUGUCGUUCAGCACAUUCCUGAACUUUUCCAGGAUGGAGACGUGUUCUGAUUUCCACACGCCGAGUCUUCCAACCUGUGCUUUUACAAGCCCGGCUCAGGCUGUUUUACGACGACUCUGUAAGCGCACCCAUGUGUUCCUCUGGGCAACGUCCUUGACAGGUAGCCGUACUUUGCCAAAAUGAGGCCUGGAAUAAACCCAGCUUCAGUCAAUCUUGAGCGAUUAUAAAGAUUACCUACAAGAAAGAAAUUCAUUGACUUGUCUGCUGUGAAAAAAAGUGACACAAGUGUACGUCUGUCUGCCAGUGUUUAACACACAGUAGAAGUUUAUUAAAGGGACUGAGAGCACAACUCAAACACAAACAAAAGGAAAUUAUAACAGUUUUCAUUCUCUGUAAAUCUCCUGUUUUCCUAUUUUCUACUUGAUUUGAUUAAAAAUGGCUACUCCAAAAUAAAUGCAGAUAUAAAGGAGGAGAAACAGAUUAAAAACUAAGAAGUUAACACUCAAAAAAGGGAGUUAAAAUGUUGUUUGAACCCCUGCUGAGUGAUGUGUUGUCCUGCAAUCCAUGCAGCUGGUGCUGUCCAAGAGAAAUAAACCAAGAUCUUAGAGAUUGUUGUAAAAAAAUUAAUGUUAAAAAUCAAAUGCAUAAACUCGACAGCUAGUAUGUUUACAUGCACAGUUGAGUCAAGCUACAAUAAUAGUUCAGUCAGGUGAUUUGAUCUACUGUCCACGUCCUUAUAGAAAGUGGCAUCAGGCCUUCUUCAAGCCUGUUACAACUGGGUCGUCUCUAGCUUGAACCACAACAAGUAGCAAAUGUGUUAGCAAGUGGCUAAGGGGAUGUAUGGUGAAGAGGUGAAUAGGGUUGUAAUGGUGCAAGAACGUCAAACACAAAAACACAUGAAGACUGUUGGUUUAGUGCUGUGAUGGUGGUGGGUAUGAGACUCUUUUUAAGGCGUGCUCUGUUGUAUCUGAGUGCCCUGUAUCUGCAUCUAGAGGGCAGUAAUAUGAAGAACUGGUGUAGUGGAUGGCUAUAAUCUUCUGUUAUUGCAUUCGAGAUGUGUGUGAUGGCUUUGGCAUCUGACUAACUGUGAUCAACCUAAGGAAAACAUACAUAACACAGCAUCUGUCGUCAUAGUUACAGCAGACACCUUGGACUGGGUUUGAGCAACAGUGUCUUUUUCCUUUGUGGGUAAACAAGUUUCCAACAACAUACCCAACAGCUGCCAAACUGUGUCAGCAAACUGCUUUGGUCUUACCCAUAGACUGUAUGUACUAUGGACAACUUGGCUCCGCCUUCAUUAUACAAAUUUGAAGCCGUAUUUCUCUCGGUAUUUCAGGAAUUUUCUCCACUUCCUGGAACCACUACUUGCGCAGUAGCAUUGAACACACUCCACCAUUUGCGCAGUAGCAUUGUACGCAUUAGUUGGGAGAGUCGCCAAGGGUCGCUGUGAUGAUGCCUGGCUCAAACAGCGUAUCACUCGGGUGAGCUAUGCAACCUUCUUACACCCAUAGGCUGUAUUUUGAGGUGUAGGGGGCAAAAAACUGGCUCAAUCAGCUGUGAUGUACUGGGCUGAUGAAGCCAAGGCAAGUGCAGACACAACUGUUUGAACUUUCAGGUAAAGAUCCCUCAGGUGAGCACAGUUAAAAGUAGAACAGAUUCUUGUGUUGAUUUAACGCAGAUACUCUCAGUUACAUAAAGUUCAAUGACUGUGGUGCUGGUGGUCACAAUGUUUCCUCUACUCUGCUAAUCCUGUACAGAUAGAAUUUACAUUUGUCACAAUCAGUCAUCUUUUUAAAGAUAAAAAACUAAAUUGAAAUGAAACUUCUUUGAAAGCUGGACUCUCAGAUAUAAAUCAGCAUGAUAAGAACAAGCUAUAAUGGCAGAGUCCACGCAGCCUGUCAGCAUUAAGAAUAAGUUCAAAUGACGUAUCUGCUCCUCGCCUGAAUUUCCAGUAAACUCAAAGCAGCUACAAAUGUGUUUUUAGGGCCUGAUCUGAUCUGGUUUGGAUUUUCUAAUGCAGGCUUCAUUUAUGAAUUUCCCUUCACUGUGUGUGUUUGAGGCUCAUUUCACAUGCCAAUGAAAUGGAUACGUUUUCCUCACACCAGUGCCUGGCGUGGCUGCCGCCUCAGAUCACGCUUGGUGGUUUGGUAGCAUUCAGCUGUUACCCUUACACAUGCCAGUGGACGCUAAUCAUCCUCAGAGUUUUCUUUUGCAGCAAUCAGUCAGCAAGUGUGCUGACUCAGAUGUGUCAUUCCUCACACUGAAAUCAAACACCACGGAGAAACUGGGUUGUUACAUUAAUAUAGGUUUACGAUUUAAUGUUCAAAUUCUUCACCGUCCUCCAAUUUGGAAAUACAUCCAGAAACCAUCUUGCUGUCAGAUAUUAUUACCUUGUUAGUUGCAUGGAGCUGCAUUCUUCCGAGAUGAGGCAGAAUGUUUUUAGUGGAACGUGGUUGCCUCUUCUGGAUGGAAAGUAGUACCAUAACAUUAAGCCAUGUGUUUCCUUGCCAUCUUGGAAGCCCUGCUUGGAAAUUUUACACUACCUGUGUCUUGUGGUUGAUGCAGAACAUGGAAACAUUUAGCAUAAUAUAGACAAAGGCUUGGUGCUGCUUUUUCUGAUGGAUGUACCCAGCAUGCGGGUCAGUAAGCAAAAGAGAGAGGCCUGUGGAGACAUUAUUCUCUAAAUAUUCCUCAGAUUUAGGGUAUUGUUUUUGGCCACAUUGUACGGCUCUGGAAUUCAACCCACUGGAGGACUGUACGUUCCAAACCCUUAGGAGCAAAAAGUGCAAGAUAUACUGUAUAUUCAUUCAGAGAGAUCAGCGAUGCACAUCUUCCACAGCAUGAAAGGUUUAGGUCAGCUGGAAAUGAGCAGCAUCUCUUGAUAUCUCUGCCAGAUGUGGGGGGAUUUGUGCGGUAUAGUGCUUGAUGGAUCAUGAGACUCAGGUAUCCCACUUUUCUCUUCUGCUCACCUUUGCUGAAGUGGCCCCUGUGUUCUGGCAUGGACGGAGUGAUGAAAUCUGGAGCUGGUUAUUUAUUGGAGCUCCAUCUUGUGGAAUUUGAAGGUCUUAUAUAAUAAUACUUUUAGAUGUUCACAAUAUGACCCAGUUUUCUUUCAUGAGAGGUUUGGAAUUCAGUUGCAACAAGCAUCAAUGAAAUCUAACAUGCCUGUUGCUCAAAAUCCAUAUGGAACAUGUUUUUGGCAAAGAUUACCUUUUAUAUUAGAUUGUAAAAUGCCGGAAGUACUGACUUUUACUAUUAUUCAAUUGUUACAAUCAUAUCCAAUGCAAAAAAUAUACAAUAAUGCAAUAUCGGCAUAAUAUGAUGGCCAUUGGCUGACUUAUUCUGGAAUCAACUGCAUGGAUUGGCCAAAAAACCCAAUACUGUUGGAGGGAGUUUUGUGGGUACAUCGUAGUUUACUAAGUGUUGGCAGCUGUUCUCAAAGGAUGUUGUGUGAUGACAAUAAAAUGCUGCAGAAUCAAAACCUUUCUUGUGUUGGUAAUGGAGUUCCACAGGGCUCUACUCUUGGUCCUCAACUGUUUUUAAAACCCCAGUUACAUUAAUACGACUGAACAGUAUUAUUGCAGACAACUUUUUGCAGGUUCCCAUCUCAGGAAGGAUUAUCUAUUCAUGAAAAUAAUCAAGGUUUCCAAAUUUGUUUAUUUUCAUUGAGUAAAAACUCAAAAAAAUAAUCAGUCACAAGACUCUACCGGGAACUUUGCAUCCUUAGUCACCAUUAGUCACAUUUAUUAUCCCCCCGUCACUCAAGCAAAUAUCUGAGAGCAGACAGCGAAUCCUUUAUGUUGUCUGGGGAGACAUACAUUAUCUAUCCCUGACACUGGUCCCCCUGGAGUUUGGCCAAGUUCAGUACCAUAAGGAUGGCUGUGAGAGUCAAAGCCAUCAAUCUUAGGAGACAUGAACUGAUAUAGGGUUCUGUGAGAGAUGGGCAGUGAGCUGUGUCUCGUGUUCAGAAACUGUCCAGCUGAACUACUGUUUAUUUUUCUUCCAAGGACUUCUAAUGUAGGAAAAACCCUUUAGUAAGGAAUGUCAAGUUGAGUCUAAAAUGUAUGUCAACAGGAAGAAGACUUCUCUGAAAGAAUUAUUAGAAAGAAAUACAAAAGUAACUUUCUGAGUUUGGUCUUUCUGACAAUGUUAAGUUGAUUCACUAAGGGAUAGGGCUUAAAACCCUGUACAUUGAAUCAGCUUACACCCUGAUAUUGAGAAGCAGGAAAAGUUUGCAAACUCCUUGGAUCUGGUGCUCACUGUGGUAUUUGUGUGGCAUAUCACAUUUAACCCCCGACCCACAAAAAUCACCAAAUAUUUAUUGAGGCUUGUAGCUUGAAACCCGUCUUUAAGAACGACAGCAUGUCUCCUGACGAUAUGGGGGGAAACCCUGCACGGUUUGGAAGAGGCUGUUGUGUUGAGGCCGCAGUCUUGUCCUGGAAAGCAGUAGGAGAACUCAAGUUUAAUGAAGUAUUGCAGUAAGCACACCGCACACCGCUGAUACUCGACACGUCUGAAAGCUAAUCUUUGAGGAAUUUUUCUUGUCUUUGACAGUCAGAAAUACUGUUGAAGUCGCUGUCAGUUUUUCUGCUUUGGUGAUUUGUCCUGACAAAAUAAUCUGUAGUGUUUGACUCUUCAGUCAUCACUGAGAUUAUUGUAUUUUUUCGAGCCAAAAUCACCAGAAUUUAUUUCUACAUUUUUAGGCUGUUUUAUUUUUUUUUUUUAUGACACUGAGCUCCAGUUAGAGAUACAAUAUCUCUGUGUCAGUGAGUCAUGGUCAACUGAGGCAGCAAAAAUUGAAACAAUGAAGCUUUAGAUGAAAAAAAAACAAAAAAAAACAGACUCACAUUUCAUCACAGAGAUACAUCAACUACAAAAAUUGUACCAGUAAAAUAAGAAGACAGAACUCUAAUGGGAAUCUGGGGCCAGAGAGGAUCAUGUGAACAGAUGAGACUCAGCAUUUUAUUCAACUCCAUCAGUGGAUAUCUGUGUGUAAGAGCAUAUAUAGACAUGUCACCUUUAGAAAACUGAGUCACGGUUAUUGGUGUUCAGCCAAUAUGCUCUACCUUCUAUGCUCUCUGUAUCUACUGUUUCAAUAAAUCAGCCAAAAUUUUACAAAGACAGAAACACAAAAGCAGCCCUGUAGGCAAUGAAGUUGGAUUAAGAAGCCCCGCCUUUCUUGAUUUUGAUUGGUUGGUGAGAGGGAUGAGGCAUUCAUGAGCACAACUAUGUUCCAAAAGUUGAACUAUUUUUAGCUGUGAACAUCAUGAGGGCUAAAAACUUUAAAAAAAAAAAAAAAAAGGCUUUGAUUUUGUGUAGGUGCAACCAAUGCAAAAAAAGCAGUCAGUGGACACAGGCUCUUAUUAAUACAUAAAGAUCCCAGUUCCACAUUCUUAUUGUACAUUUUUGCCUAUAUUGCACCAAAAAAACCUCUACAUAGUGUACUUGAUGUGUUUUUUGUUAUUCUUUUUAGUGUGGUGCUCUGUUCCUCUUUUUAGUGUGGUGCUCUGUUCCCUUUCAAGAGGAUCUGAUCAAAUUUGAAUCCUGAUGGCCAUCAUCCACUUAAAGGAUGAUUGAAAUAUAGAACAAUUUGUUUUGAUUUUACUUGAUUUGAUUUGGUUCAGAACAUAACUGAAGAUGCUGUACAACAUUUGCAAAAACUUUUGUUUUUAUUUGAUUCAAUCUAAUCUAAUUUAAUCCAGUACUGAGAGCCAGAUAUAACUCAAAGUAGCACGUCUCUGGGUUUUCUAGGAGCUCAUCAAUAUGGACAGUAAACGCCAACUUGUCUUCAAACUAUUUCGUCUAGGGAACUCAACCCUCAACAGAAAUCAACAGAAUAAUAUUUUUUUUUAAUUCUCAAGUUUUUUAAUUUAAGCUUUGCCUCACGAAGAAAAAUAAUGCUUAUUCUAAGAAGCUUGGAAAUUUAAUUUAUCUUAUCCUAUUGGCAGAUACUUUUAUUCAAAAUGAGCACUUUAGUUCUUAAUUUUGGGUGUUAAAUCUUCAAACAAAACAUUUUCUGGACUUGUGGGGUGAAAGUUGCUUAAAUUAAACCUGAAAUACAUUUUACUAGAAUCAAGACAAAAUCAUAUGGUUUUGGUUUAUCAUAUUUUGUAAAUAAGACUCUAUUCUUUAAUUACAUGAGACAUGAGACUCCAGACAAAGAGAUUUCAAUUUAGGGAUCAAUCGAUUUCUUAUUUUGCAUUGUAUGAAGUAUUGGUCAGGUGGUCGCUGAUUUUUGCAUUGCAACACUAUUGAGUUGUAAUACAUUGUCAAGUAUUUAAGUAUGUGUUGUGUUUAUUUCCUGUUUUAUUUUGUAAUCCAUGAUGUUUUUGUAUUGUUUCUAGUCUUACUUCCUGUCAUUGUUCAGUUUCCCGCCUUUUUUACUCACACACCUGAGUCUUCUUAGUUGUAAGUCUGACUUAAAUAUAACCCAGGUGAUUCCACCUAGCCAUCUUUUUUUGUGUUACCUUGCAGUUUUGGAACAUUGAUUAGAUUUUUUAAACUUCCUGCCUUCACAGACGGUCUUGCCAAGCUUGAGUAAGGUACCAAGUAUUUUGCGUCCUGGAUUUUUUCUCUGCAUCAAAGUCCCAGAUUUGCUCCAAAGUGUCACACAAGUAUGAAUCAAGUUUUCAUGUGUAGCUAGGCCUUAGUUCUUGGAACGCUUCAUUUUGAUGUGAUCAUAUGCUGAACAAAACAGGUUCUCCUGUUCUCCUCUGGUCUAAAGACCAAACCAUGUUUGUAUCUGGCUAUAAACAUGUCCAGUUCUGCUGUAUAAGUGGGCUUCUUAUUAUGGGUUUCCUUAGCUAGCUUCAGUUGGACACUCAGGGUGCUGCAGUUUAACACAUUCAUGUUGACUCCAUUUAUAAACCUCAGGGAUCGCCCCUCAGCCAUGACUGAUGUAAGCCACACAGGUGGCAUUAGCCCUUUUUCUGUGCUUAUUGCCUAAUCCUUUUAUGUUAUUGUGAAAGCAGCAGGCUAUAUGUCCAUUAGCUGACGGUCAUGUUUGGGAAAGUCGUGUCUGUAAGAAGAAUCAGGUCUGCCCACCUGACCACAAUGAAAAGCCACAAGGGCAUUUCAGUUCAUUUACAAUAUCAGCUCCACUAACCACUGACAUAUGAAAACAUAUGUUUGGAGAGGGGUUCCCAAACUCUGGCUCGUGCUCCAUAGAAAUCUGGGAAAAACAGUGUCAUCAUGGGCAGAGCGCGUCCCUGUUAUUCAUUUAUAACAUUCACAUCAUCCAUUUACGUCUCCACAUCUCCUGACACCCAUAAUAGCAGUCUGCAUUUUAAAUGUGUUUGUCGAAUUUUAAAGAGAACCCUGUCUGAAUGUAAAGUUUGAAAGCAUUUAUCAGGGAAUUUUCCUGAAGAGUUACUGAAUUCAGCCAAAAGUCUUUCAUAAAAUCAUACACUGUAAUAAUCAGGUCAUUUCAGCUAAACGGAGACAUCUUCAUCUACAAAACUACUCUUCAAAUCCAACGUUUUAUGGCGCCAUAACAGAUGUUGAAUGAAUAGGUGGCUCCCCCCACCCACUUUUCUCCUGGAAGGUUUUUUUGCAGAACAAUACUUCAUCUGGAUUUCUCAUUUUUGGAACUGGGUCCUCGGCUUUUAGAUUGGCGACAGGCUCAUAUUACAGCGCAAGCUCCAGCGCAGCACCGUCUACAUGUUUAUAAGACCUGAGGGAUGGUAAUGGAAACUGACCACAGCAGAUACUGCCAUUCAACGUCUCUGUCAGCUUUCAGUCUGCCUAAUUAUCAUCAUUUAACUGGUUAUGUGGAGCUCAGCAGUGUGUCCUAUUCUAACAUCAGAUAUUUUUAACUUAAUAACAGGCUCUGAGGUUUAAAUGUUCAUAUUUUGUCGCAGCAAUUCAGUGGUAGUCUUACUAAAUCAUCCCAAAUUAUGAUGCAUCUGAUCAAUUGAAUUACAUAUAAAGUCAGCUUUACUUGAGGAGCCUUUGGAAACACUUCUAAUAAUGCAUCACAAGCACAUUUAUAGGGCCCCAUAUUUCCUUAUAAGCGAUAAUAAGCACUCAUAAUGUGUAGUGAGGUUUGUAAUGGUAUAGGCAGUAAACAUAAAGCCUGAUUUAACAGCCUUACACAGAGAUGUAUCUUGUAUAUGCGUUAGAAGAUUAAUAUAAAGGUUUAUGAAUGUUGAAAUACUGUGUGUGAAUUUUUUCCUCUCUGUGUUUCUCAGAUGAACUGAAGAAGCAGUUGGAGAAGCAGAGGAGACGAAGGGCAGCUUACAGUAAGAUCAAACUGACAAUAGCCAUCCUCGCAACACAACUCAAACCAUGUGUUAUCUACCCACACCCACUGCAAAACAAUACACAGAGCAAUUACACGCAUGUGACGGACACCUCCACAAACAGCACCUUUCUUCAAGGCUUUCAGGAUUGAACUCAAGCAAACCGAAACUGGUUUGUAAAACAUAACUGAGAGGUGAAAGAAAGCUGCCCCAGACAGUAGCAUCUUCUCUGAAUGGAGGAGGUAAACACAGUGAACACACUGUGGGUGCUCUUGUUCUGUACAUGCAGCAGUGCCCACUUCAAAGCUCUCGCAGUAGGCCCCUCAUACUGACAGAUUAGUGACCAGAGCCUGGGCAUAGAACCAGAGGAGCCCCCCCCCCCCAAUUCAGGCACCAGAAGAUUUUGUUGUUGUUCACAGUGACCUGGCUGUGCCAAACUAAAGCAGUGUCAUUAGCCUUUAUGAGUGUCUGAUUAAAGCUCUAGUAAGGAGUUUUUUAACAUGUAUGAAAAAAACUCAGUACAACUCAUAGUACUACUUUUCUAUUAUGCGCAAAAGCAAGCAAGACCACCAGCAACAAAGCAGAUGAUUUUUAUGUUGUAAUUUUUUUUUAUAACAAAGGGGUAGGAGUCAGUCGACACCCAUUUUACAUUGCACUUAUGGUAUUUUCUCAAUAAAUGAUACGUGACUCUCUAAAGUCAGGAGGAUGAGAUUUUAAUAUCAGGAGACACAGUUAAGGUAUGUAAGAGACAACGUACACAAAGACUGCUUCACCCACCGGAGGGCACAAAAACUUAAAGUCCCUCUCUUAGAAGCUUUAUCAUAACACUUUUAUUCACGGUUAAGUCUUAAAAAAAAAACAUUUUUCUAGAAGCUGAUGCCGAGAAUAAGUCCAACAUCUGCCCUCUUCAAUUUGAUCAACAUCUCUUUCACUCAGCUCCUUAUUUGUAUUACAUCCCUGGCUGCUGUUGUCUGAUUUUCUCUGCUGUUGACAGCUCAGCCUUUAAAAUGAGAUUGAAAUAUAUAUUAAAAAAUCUUGAAGUGAAGAAAAUCAUCUUCAGGCUAUACCAGGGUUUCCAAAAUACUGGACCAAGAACUGACCAUAGGAAGAUCCCUGGAGGAUAUGCGUCCUCAACACUCAUCCACAAUAAGAUAAAAAAGUCUCUCUAGAGAGUUGUACUGGGAAAGUUAAAUUCACUCUUUUAUAACCUCACACAUUAAAAACCAGCAUCUUCUCAUCACACCAGCCAUGCCGGAGACCCCAAACACUGAUCAAUGUGUUCAUUUUGUUUCUCUCUGACACCAUGUAUAUAAAACCUUGUUAACCCGAGCAAUCAUUCUGACUGUAAUUUUUGCUUUUUCUCCAGUGUUUUAACGUGUUCUCCCCCUUUUUUUAACUCCUAUGCUUUUUGUCUUACCUGUCCCCCGCUACCACAGGUGUAAUGGAGAACCAUUCAGGAGCAGAGGAGGAGGUCAACCCUGUGGAAGAAAACUUACUCAAAGACAUUGAGCAAGAGAAAAAGGCGUGAGUGUGGAAAAACUGCAGCCAUGACUGAUGUUUCGUACUUUUCUCGAGGCCUCUGUGAUAUUGAUUAGACACAGCAGAUGCUCCAUGAUGCAGCUUGAAGAUGAAUUUUGUGCUGCUAAUAUCUCCUGUCAGUUACAAGAGCACUAUCGGUCAUUUAAAAGCACUGAGGACAGAGAUCGAGCACAUGCAGCUGCUGUUGGGGAGGGCAAAGGUCAAGCUGCAGAGGGACUUUCAGAGGUGGUGGAGUCAGGAGGUCUCAAGUGUGCAGGUACCGUCCUCUAAUCCUCCGUGCUCAUCUUAGUAACUACUGCACAUAAAGCUCCUGUAAGCGUGACAGUGUGUGAGGCCCGUGUGUCAGAGAUGUAUUUAUGGCAUUAGACCGUGUGUUGGUUUUUGUCUCUAUGUUUAUGGUUGUUUUCUUUUCUGUGGUUUCUGAUUAUUGGCCUCGACGGGCGUGUUCGUCUACGUGUAAGUUGAUAUGCAUGUGUCUCUCUCUGACUUCGGAGGCUUUUACGGCACCAGUGUGACCCUUGCAGCCUCUGCUCUGCAUCAUGCUGAAGGGAUGUGGGAAGAUAUGUAGGAGGCCAGUACAUGGAAACACAGUUAACAGAAGUCCAUGUGACCUGAACGAGAGCCAGGAGAAAAAGUUUAGAGACAAGACUGAAACAGCAUCAGUACAAGUUUCAGCAGUUUGAAGCUUAAAGGACUAUUCUGAAGAUUUCUUCAAACUGGCUCCGUGAUUUUCACUUAUUUGGGGUCAAAUCAUUAGACUGAUUUAAAUCUUUGCAGCUUAUCAUAUAAAACUAAGUUCACAGAUUUCAUGUUGGUGAGCUCAUACAUACUGUUAAUUGCAUCCACUCAAAGGGAUCAAUCUACUCAGAUCCGAAAACCAAUUCCAUAUUUGAAGAUAAAAUCAGGAUAUUUCAGGUUAAGUAAAAUCAGGAAAAGCUCUGCCAUAAAAGUGAGUUUCAAGAAGUGACUUAGAUGAGCAGAGAUGAGAUUUCUGUCUCUUUGAAGGAAGCCGGAUCUUGAAAAGCCCAUCCUUCCGAAGAGCGAUUAAAGAAACUCGCUCAAUGUUAUACUAAUUUAAUUUUUGGAAACCAACUAGGGCUACACAACCCACCAACAUAUACUCUUUUGGUGGAAAUUAUUCAGAAAUAUUGAUUAUAAUUCAUUUGGCUUGUGUUUUCAUUGUAAACAUUUCAUGAAGUGAUGCCAUAUCAUGUCCCAAUUUGUAUCAGUUAUCAGUCAGAGCAUCAAGAUCAGCUGAUAUAGACUGGACUUGACUUGACUGAUGCUGUGCUCAAUUCAUAACCCGAAAAAGCCUCAAUAAAAAGUGGCUAGUUUUAAAUAUAGAUAUUUCCUGAUUGAAUAACACAAACUUCCAGCGAACUGAGUCUCUGGUGUCAAACUCUGCUGCACACAUUUUAAAAAACAACCACAAAGACGAUGUUCAGCAGAACAUCUGAGCAGCAGACACAUCUGGCUUCUGCUCUGUGUUUUUGAUCCUACAAAAGGAGAACAGUAUCUCACUCACAUCUGAUCAAGCUUUGGGAUUUUAUCGCUGAAUAACAAAUGGAAAGACGAGGAAGUCAGACAGACAGGCCUUACAUCUGUAGUCUUGGUUGUCCACGCAGGAAACAGGACAUAUUCUCCUGCCAACACAUUAAAAUCCUAAAGAUUUAUUCAACUAUUUAUAGUUUUGUUUUUGAAAAACAGCACAAAAUGAUUAACGAUGAUUGUUAGUUACAUAUGGUCUCAGUGUGUUUAACGUUUGACAUCAGCAUCAUCAGGCUGGAAUGGUGUUUUUGCUGAAAAGUGUGAAUAUCUUUGACCAGGAGGCUGAGUCAGAGGCUGCUGCCAGAUGUCACCCUGUGUCAACCUUGCAGCCAUCUUCACCUCAUACUCCAGGAUUUCGGUGAGACACCUUUUUCUGUUAUGUCAGCAAAAUAUUUACCAUCAAUAUACAGAACCACCAAAAGACCCUCAGGAGACACAAUUGCCAGAAUAGCAUCACCAGCGUCAGCAAACCCCUGAUUAUGACAACACUGAUUAAACCCACCUCAUUACACAGCCUCUACUGGCCCCUCAACUGCCCCAUUAAUGAAACUUGGCUUUGUCAAGUGAGGCCCAGAACAUCUUAGGGUGGUUUAGCAGUUAGCUCCACCCCGCUUCAUGCAGCUGUCACACCCAUAUACAAAGCGAAAGAGGACAACAGUGGUUCAGGAGAGGACCGGUGGGGAGAGUGUAUUUACUCCUGGGUUUGGCUGCAAGCUCUACCUCCCCCUACUCACCUGUUUUCAUGAGGAAAGAAAGGGCAUAGUAACAUGUAUCUUUCCAACUCUUAACCUUCUUCCUUGAGUGUUCAUAUUGGCCUUUUUUAGAAAACUUUUAUUUGAAAAGUCCUGAUGGAUAACUAUUUUCAGUUUUCAAAAGGUACAAAGUGAGUGAAGAAGGUCCUUCAAAAUCUUAAAAUGAAGUCAUUCAGUCUUCAGUGUUGUCUGUGGAUUUUGAUGACUGCAGAUCGUUGUUAAGGACCUUUUUUAUUCUGAUUUGUUCACACAGCUUCACCAGACGUAAAGCAAAUGCUAGUGACUUCAACAAAGACUCCAAAUCUAUCUCAUCACUGUCAUCUUAAUCUUUUACAUACAGAACUUUUUCGAUUGCUUCUUCAGUUUCUUCUGUUCUUCUGUUGCCAUCAUGGUUUCAUCAUUUUGCUAAUAUUUCAUCAAACUCAUUAUAAAACAUAUUAAAUUGAUCUGAUUAGGUGUUAUAUAUCUGCAUGUUGCUCCCUGCAGAAUAAUAUGAAAGAAAUGUUUGCACUCUAGCUCCCUCUGGUGGUUAAGCACGACUCUGUACCGACUCUACACCCACCAUGAGAGUCUCCUAAGGUCGAGUGAGAUGAAGUACUGAUGGUACAAGACUCAGAAAGUCUGCGGGUUAAUGUUUAGAAAUGCUGCCCUGACUUUUUUUGCUGUGCAUCCAGUACUGUGGGAGACCCUGAGGGAGGCUCAGACCCAAGUCCAGACUCUUUCACUGCCUCUGAUCAAGACCUCAGGUCAGCAUUUCUCCACCUAACUUCUGAUUUAUCUCCUAUAAAGUUCUUGUCUGUAACUCCAUACCCUCUCACCAAAAUAGAAUGGCAUAUUUGUGAAUUUCAGAGACUUCAGAGACUCUAAAAGAGUUCAUCCGGUCUCAGCGUGGCAUGAAAAGUCCCUGGAUGGGCAGAUGACUGGUUUCACUCCUUCAUCUGAGUGGAGGUAAACAAAGCUCAAACAUGUGCCAUGUGUGCGCAUCCAACACACUUGAGGAAAUGUCUCAGGAGGACAAAAAGAGUUUUUCCAGUCUCCUGUCAAAAUGUCUGGCCCCUGAAACCAGGGAGUCUUAAAAACUGAUUUAGUGUCCCAUUUGUCCUCACAAAUAGUCGUGAAAUAACUAAAAUUAAUGUACCACUUGAAUCCAAUUAAGUGUAUAAACUGUGUGUUUAGUAUGUGUGCAUUCUUAACAGUAUAUCCAAACGCAGACAAUACGGCCACCUCCCCCACGUUUGCAGUAACUCUUAAAUACAUACAGUCAGGACGUGUAGAUUUUACAGCUCGAUCGUGUUUUCUUUCUACUUAUAAAAAUAGGUCAUAAAUUUUUAUGCCGUUGUGAAGUAAUGUCUCCAAACUGUAUUAACAAAUCAAAGACCUGAGGUCUCGCCUGAACGCUGCGGCUGAAACCACCUUUUUACAACUGCAGUAAAACACCAAAUGCAUAACAUACAUGCCUUUGUCCGUCUGCAGGACCACUCGUCCUACAGAGAUCCUAUUGUUCACACAGAGGCUUGACUGUAUGUGAUGAUAUGUGGAGCUGUUAGCUGUUAGGUAGGAUUUGCUGGGAGUACAAGUGCCAUAAAAAGUCUGUUUAGUGUUAAAGAAACUGAGGGCAAUUUAUGCUGUUAUUAAACACAACACAUGUGCUCCUCAGAGCUCUUUCUGCCACCAAACUCUCGUCCUCCUCCAUCCCUCUCACUGGAGACCACCAGGCAGACGCUGACAUCCUGGCUUUCGUCAGGGCACGGCAAAACCUCCUGGACAGAGCAGGUAAAACACACUUUUACAGUCAAAACCUUUACAGUCGGUGCAUUUUUCAUCCAACGCUGCCCUCUGGUGGUGAUAUGAUCAACAGCACCUCACCUCCACACACAAAAAUCCUGUUUUGUAACUUUUGAGGGUUGUAUUUAAGUGACUGUGACUGACUCAAACACUUGAUAAGUCGCCAUGAAUGAGCUGACUGUAAUUUGGAUUUCAAUGUACUCGUCUCGACGUGGGAUGUUUUUUUGGAGCUUCUUCUAGCUCCACAAAUACUCAUCUCUUUCUCCUCUGCGGUCCCUCUCUCCUCCUUUGACCCUUGUGUGGCUGCUUACUUUGGCAGGCGGCAAAAUGAACUUGGAUUUUUUGAGGUUUGCCACUAGAUAUCCAGAGAGGCUGAGGUCAUGUGAACAGACACGACAGAGGCCACAUGAGCAGGAAGACCUGACGUAAAAAACAGCUGUUUGCCCGUCUGUCUUUUCUUUCCUCACUCUCAAGGCAAAGUCAUUUCACGCCUCUUUACCUUGGCACUGCUGAGCUGGAAAGGGACUGUGUUUUGACAGGAUAGCCCUGGUUGGUGACCCCGGUAUCAUGCUUUUUUUUUGCACCAAAUCAGCUUUUGAUUCAUACUGGUAGGCUGGGAAAUGUGUGAAACCUACAACCCGAAGUGCAAAGCUGUCAUCAGUGUUAAGGGAUUUUCUCACCUUGUGGUGCUUUUAUCCUUUUUCCAGGCCCACCUCAGUAGAAAAACCAAGUGAUGAGAGCCUGUGAGUCCUAAACUGUUGGCAUCAGACCUCCUGAACAACCUCCGCAUCUGACAGGUGAUAAAACCUGGUGUUGGACACUGGACUGAAUAAUCAUAAAGAGAAUUCUCAUCACAGACUCGCAGACAAUCACAAACCACAUAUCCUGCCUGAUUUGUACAGAUACACACACCUGUAUGACAUACUGGGCAGUACUUUAAAUCACAGUCUGCCCCAUUUGAUCCAAACAAAUGUUAUCUCAAUAUAUUAAAGGUUGAAGGAAACAGACUGGCUCCAGUAACAGUUGUAAAAGAUGCCGCACAGUGAAUUUGACAUUGCUGUAUUAUUUUAUUUUAUGACCAUUGUUAGAUGAGUUUUGUAUCAUAAUGCAGGUUUGUUUCUUAUGUUGUAAAUAUAAUACUGUAUGUAAAAUGUGCACAUAUGACUGUCUGAUGAUUUAACACAUGC